UACGAUUACUAUGCAGCUCCUCUCUCGCGACUUUUUGGACUGGACAAGGCGUAGCACAUUGAACGCCAGUGGGUUUGGGUUCAGUAUCGAACCGGCUUUCUACGACAGCGGAUUGGAAACGCGGAGCGACAACGUCGCCGGGUGAUAAUGUGAUUUAGCCGGCUAUGUUCAGCAGUCAAAACUGAAAUAAAAGUAAUAAACACACCGAAAGCCCCCGUAUUCUCGCAUCUUUUUGUAGUGGGGCAGCGAGAAGAAUUGCGAGCGAAAUACUAAUUUCCUUACCUAACUGCGUGAGAUAAUCUCGGGUUGGCAUUGUGUGUCGCGCAAUAAAAUCCCCAAAAGCCCAAAGCUUCAAGUGUUAAAUAUAAUAAAAUAGCGAAGAAGCGUGUGUAUUUCCAUUUGGGAAAAUUAAAGUUGAAUUACGUGGGCCGAAAAAUUAAAGACUGAAGGCCAUUCAAGGGUUGUUCAAAGAGAAAAUUCGGUGAAAAGUCACCGUGUGUGUGUGAGUGUGUGUGCGUUGCGUGAGAAAAAUCAAUUCUGCAUUUGGUGGAAAGCCGAAAAAGGAGAGAAAAUUGGUGGAGCGAGGAGAAAAGGACACGAAUUAAAGGCUGGUUUUUUGGGGCUGCGAAAAACUCGUGACCGAUGACAAUUUGGCUUGACGAGGGUCUAUUAGCGAAAUCAAUGCCAUUAUGGCUGAUAGUAGAGGACCAGGAUCCAAGCACAUGGAUCCAACAACCAUAGAUGCCGGCGGGGGCGAAGCAGGAGCAGCCGGAGGCGAUGACGUGCCUCCAGUCCCAGCUGUUCGCCGGCGUCGUGCGCAUGAGCAGAAAUCCUCGAGAGAGCAGGUGCUGGAGGAGGAGGCGGAAAGCCAACAGCUGGAGACAUCGACGGUGACGAGGACCUACAUGAAGACCAUCACCACCUCCCUCACCACCUCGAGUAGCUCCAACGUGGAAGAGUUUAUCCUGGGGGAGCACGCAGCAGGAGCAGCAGCUGCUCCAUCGCCCAACCAGCAGCGAUUGCGUCAAAAGGUGGCCCAGUACGAGAAGAUCUGGUUCGAUGGCUCCAGUCCCGUGAAGCGUCCAGCCGAGCAGAGCUCUGAUGAGCUGCGUCUUACCGACGACCAGGAUGAGUACGAUGCCGAGAAUCCGUUCGAGAUUGACGUCCAUGAGAUUGAGCGCCGGCUGCGACAGGAAAGGCAACGUGGCUUGGCCGAGGCGGAGGCAGCUAAGCUGGCCUUUCAGCAGGUCCAGCUGCGGCAAACAACUCCGCCGCGUCGCGUGGAAGUGACCAGUGACCAGGUGGCGAGUCCCUUCAACGUGACCCUGCGCACCACCAGUCGCAUGAGUCCCGGUGCCGAGCACGGAAAUGUCGAGGAGCACCUGGCGCCGUUCAAUGUGACCCUAAGAACCACUCGAAGGACCAAGAAGAAGGAGUUCAAGGAACUGGAAAACUUUUUGGAGGGCGAACGAACCGUAAGAGAGGUGCCAUCUGCGGACGGUGUGAGGACCAUCAUCACCUCCUCGAUGACCAGCGAUGGCGGCUAUGCGGAGGAGAAGAUCUAUCGCCACGGCGAGGGCUAUGUAUCGCCCAGGGAUUCGCCGUCCUGGUCGCGUUCCAGUUACUCCAGCGAGCGAUCCAGUGUUACGCCACCGCGGAGCGUGGAUCUAACCGCCGGCGGACGAAGGAUUCUGAUCAAACUGGAGCAGGAAAGCGAACUAACCGAGGAGAACCAGACGAGGGACGAGACCGACCUGUCGUUCGGUCGGCAGGAAGUGGCCAUGGCAACCGGCAACAUUGACAUUACCGUCGGCGGUAGCAACCCCCGCCGGCGUUUGUACCAGCAAACAACUGUCCAGGUGGGUGGCGGCAACCGCACCAGCCCUCAGGACUCAACACCCCAAAGACCAAGGGACUUAGACCUGGCCGGCGCCACGAAGACAAUGCUAACAUCCACGCCAAUUGGCACGAAGGAGCAACCGCAAACCGGUCCGAAAACUCUAGUUAGUCCAGCUGCAACGUGCCAAUUGCGCGGUUCUUCGACGGAAGAGCCCCGGAAAAUUGUAAGCCACAAAACGAUAACCAGCACAACGACCAAGUCCACCUCAUCCUCGACCUCGACCUUCGCCACCUCCUCAUCGUCCACGUCGCGUAAAUUAAUCGAAACGUCGCCGGUGGUCGUCGGAAAUAUCGCGCAAAUACGCACCGGGAUAUCCAACGCCAGUGACAACGAUAUCGACAUCGAUAACGAUUCGGACACGGAGGGCAGACCCGCCAGCAGUAUAGUGAUUGUGUCCACGCCCACGCGUCCCACCACAUCGGCAUCCAUAUCCGCAUCCGCAGUAACCCCAACCGCAUCCAUAUCCGCAACAGCUGCCCACGCCCUCAGUGGCAUCGGCACUUUCAGCAAGAGUCUGCGCCAGGAUUAUCAGACUCUGGCAACGCAAAGUGGCCGCAGCAACGAAUCACCCAGCGACCAGGAAUACCAGGAGUUCCAGUCCACCAUGGCGUCCAUCAAUUACGCCCGCAGCAAUUCCCAGUACGAUAGCCAUAUCAAGGAGAAGCGAGAGGAACAAGAACGUGUGCAGAAGAAGACAUUCACUAAUUGGAUUAAUUCAUACCUAUUGAAGCGUGUUCCACCGCUUCGCAUCGAUGACUUAAUCAAUGACUUACGCGAUGGUACGAAACUAAUCGCAUUGCUGGAAGUUCUGUCCGGCGAACGUUUGCCCGUGGAGAAGGGUCGCGUUCUACGUCGUCCACAUUUCCUUAGCAAUGCCAACACGGCCCUGCAAUUUCUGGCCAGCAAACGGAUCAAGUUGGUCAAUAUCAAUCCCGCAGAUCUGGUGGAUGGGAGACCACCAGUUGUGUUGGGCUUGAUAUGGACGAUCAUCUUGUACUUCCAGCUUCGUAAAAAGAGGCGGAAAAACUUAGUAGUAGUUAUAAAUUAUGCGCCACAGAUCGAGGAGAACAGCCGCAACCUAGAGUAUUUGGGUCAUGGUAUUGGCGGUUCGGUUAGUUCCCUCGACAGUGUUGGCAACCAGAAGCACGGCGAUCUGAAGGCUGAGAAGUGGAAGCAGGGUGCCAGGAAGACCCUGCUCAACUGGGUGACUAAUGCCUUGCCAAAGGACAGUGGUGUGGAGGUGAAGGAUUUCGGCGCCAGCUGGAGAGAUGGCGUCGCUUUCCUGGCCCUCAUCGAUGCCAUCAAGGCGAACCUGGUCAACUUGGCUGAGCUGAAGAAGACCAGCAACCGUCAGCGUUUGGAGACCGCUUUCGAUGUGGCCGAAAGCAAAUUGGGCAUUGCCAAACUCCUGGACGCUGAGGAUGUGGACGUACCCAAGCCGGACGAGAAGAGUAUCAUGACAUAUGUGGCGCAAUUUUUGCACAAGUAUCCCGAACCAAAGGGUGCUUCCCGCGACCAGUCGCAUGUGCAGCAGGAGGCGGACGAACUGCGACGCUUUCUGGUGGAAAAGACCACCGAGUACGAGCCCAUGGUCAUGAUGAGCUCGUUCCCACGCGAUUUUGGUGAAUAUUUACUGGCACGUUCUGAGGUCGAUGCACAUUUGGCGGCCUACAAUCGCUUGAAACAGCUCAUUGAGAGCCAGAGCGGAUUCCUGCAGGUAUCCCGCCAAUCCUGGGAGGAGAUCAACGAGCUGUGGCAGCGCCUCCAGUACCAGAUGAUGUACUGGCUCUGGCUGCUGGAUUCGGAGCUGCCCGGCGACUUCGGCACCGUUGGCAAAUGGUUAGCCGAAGCUGAGAAACUAUUAAUGGACAACGAUAUACCCAAUGCAAUGAAUGAGGAGACGGCCGCAGUGAUCAGCAGGAAGCUGGAGGAGCACAAGCUCUUCUUUGCCGACCUGCCGCGCAUUUUGGCCAUCUUUGACAAUACCAAGCGGUCACCAGUGGCCCAGCAGAUUCCCCUGGAGCAGUUACGCAACAUGGAGCGUAGACUUCAAGAGGUCGGACCGAAGGCAGCGGAGCGAAGGAUUCGUUUGAAGUUCCUGGAGCACAAGUGCUGUUUGAUUGCCUUCCUCAAUCUGGUGGAGAACAAGAUGCGCGGAUGGACUGGAAAGUAUGGCCACGAGGAGAAGGUGGCCCAACAGCUGGAGCAGUACAAGAACUUUGUGUCGCGCAACAAGAUCUUCCAGGAGUUCCAGAAGGCCUUUGUCGAUAUGCAGCAGGUGGUGGAGGAGUACAAGCGCGAUGGCAAUGUGCCGCGCAAGGAGAUCAACGACAUCGAUCGAUUCAUGUAUGAAACCGAGGAGCGCUGGAAGCGCGUCUCCAUGGAACUGAAGUGCUGCCAGAACUCCCUGGAGGAAGUGGUCAACUGCUGGCGCAGCUGGAACCAAUUGGCCCCCACCUGCGAGGAGUGGCUGCGGCUAGCUGAGCAAAAGGUCAACCAAAGCGAGGAUGAGCGUUUGGACUUCUUUCAGGAUAUACCCGUUUGGAAGGACAAGUUUGAUGCCCUCGCCAGCUCGGCUAACUAUCUGAUUGCCUCCUGCGAGGAGCCCAUUGCCCAGCAACUGCGUCAGCGCCAUGGAGCUCUCUCUGAGCGAUUCGAGCGCCUGUUUGCCAACACCAAGCAGUACAUGCAUGCUGGUGACAUUAUCCGAUCCCGACAGGAGUACAAGUCGGGCAUAGAGCAGCUGUCCAGAUGGCUGCGAGGAGCCGAAAGCGUUCUGGACCAGCGACAAGUUCUGGGCAACAGUGAACAAGUCAAGCAGUACGGCCAGCAGUUGCAGCAAUUGGCCAGCGAAAUCGAUGACAACGAGGAGCUGUUCAAAACCAUCAGCAGGAACUUCCAAUCUCUGAUCCAAGACCUUUCCCGCGAUGAGGUGGACAAGAUGAUGAAGCUACUCAAGCAAGAGAAGGAAUCUCUGGUGCGCAUACGAGCCCAGUUGCCUGCCAAGCUGCAUCUGUUCCACCAGCUUCAGAUCCAACAGGAAUCCCUGGAGGCUGGACAAAAGGAGAUCCACCAGUGGCUGAGUGAGGCUGAGCCACUUCUGGGAACCCAUAAUCUCUCCGGAGGCCGUGAUGCCAUCAAUGAGCAACUGCACAAGCACAAGACCUACUUCUCGCGCACUGUCUACUACCGAUCCAUGCUGGAGAGCAAGAACAAAGUAUUCCAGAAUCUCUUGAAGGCUGUAUCCUCCGAUGAUAAGAUCGAUACUGCUCCUGCUUCCCAGCAAAUGCAGCAGCUGAACGAGCGUUUCAACUAUGUGAUUCAGAAUGCCCAGCAAUGGGAACAGCGCUUGGAUUCGGCAGCCGGUGGAUGGAGUAACUUCAAGGACAACGAACGUGUGGUCAGCGAAUGGCUAACCCAAGCUGAAUCCAUGUUGGUGGAGAAGCACAUCGAAUCGAAGACCACAAUCGAGACACAGAAGUACUUCUUUGAGCAGGUCAACGAUCGCUGGAUGGAUGACCUGGUGCAGUCGGCUCAACAACUUCUGACCACAUUGCCCGCCCAGGAGCAACCUGCUGUGGUGCAAAGUGUGGAGCAGUUGCAAUCCCGCUGGAAGAAUGUUCUGUCCCAGGCUCCUUUGCAUCUACUGAAACUGGAAUUUAGACUGGAUGAGAACGCAUUCUAUCAAUCUCUGAAGGAUGUAGAGAAGGAGUUGCAGCUGGAGCAGCAGGCCCUCAAUCGCAAUGAGGAUGUGGACUCCAUACUCCAGCGCAACCAACAGUUCCUUCUACAACAGGAUGUCGUUCCUCGUCUGGAGCGAUGCCUCCAAAACAUGCAACGUUUGGCCCAGGCCCACAGGCAACAACAGCCCGGUGACAUUAGUCUGGAUCAGGCCUACGACAAUGCCAAGUCGCAGUGGCAACUGUUGUCCAACAAACUGGGCGAUAUGCGUCAGACUCUCCAGCAAAUCCCGGCCCAAUGGCAGGGCUAUCAUCUGAAGUUCAACGACAUGGUCGAUUGGAUGAACGGCGUGGAUCAGAGCCUUAAGAAUAUUGUGAACGAAGUUAAUACCAUGGAGGAAUUCGAAAAGGAGAAGGUGGUCUUCCAGCUGAGGGAGCUAGUGAAAAUCUGCCAGGAUGCUGACAACAAACGCGAGGACAUGAAAUGGUUGGUCAAGACCUUGGACUCACUGCUUAGCUACGCCACCGAAGAUGAGGCCAAUCUGGAGCAGAAGAAGCUGGAGGAUCUGAUCGCCCGCUACAAGAACCUUAUCCCCACGAUUGAAAUCACGAUGGUCAAGACGGAAGUGUUCUCGAAGUGCUACACUUACCGCAGAGAAGUGCACGAGGUUGUGUGUCUGCUGAGCAAGGUCAAGGAUCAGACUGCCAAUAUACCAGCUCCCGAUAGCCUGGAACGUGUGAAUCGCCUGAUUGAGGAGCAGCAGUAUGCCAUCAACCAACUGGAUCACCAGCGUCCGCAUAUCAUGUCCAUGCUGCAAAGAGGACGUGAUCUCAUCAAGGAUGUCCAUGCCCCGGCCUUUGUAAAUGCCGAGGUCAAGAAUCUGGAGACUGGAUGGAAUCAGGCGUACACAGAAACCUCCGACAAACUGCAGUCCCUCAAGGGCACCCAGGCCGUUUGGAGCGAGUUUGUGGACCAGAAGAACGAUAUUUUCUCCAUGCUGCAAACUGCGGAGACGGAGCUGCGUUCCCUGACACCAUUGCAAACCGAUCCCAAGAACGUCAGUCAGGAUCUGAAGUCCAAGAGAGAUCUUAACGUACAACUGCAGCAGGCUUCCCAUCAACUGUUGCCUAAGUUGCAUGCUCUCAAAUCGGAACUGGCUCCUCUGGCUGCAGCCGAUAAGCGUCCCAUCCUAGAGAAGGAAGUGACCGAGGUGGAGAAGAUGUUCUUCAACACCAUGGAGCACGUGAAGGACCGUGUCGGCUAUCUGGAAGACUACAGUGCCAAGUGGAAUAACUACAAAACCCGUCUCGCUGAACUGCAGGAAUGGGCCAACAAGGUCGCGCCCAAGAACAUCGAGGCCCUUCAAUCGGAGGACCUCACACCGGAGGAGCGUGUGGUCAAGGUGCAGGCCUUCAAGCGUGUCCUUGGGGAUCGCAUGAAGCAACUGGAUCUUCUGGCCGCCGAUGCCUCCGAGUUGGCGCCCAAAGAGGGCAACAUUGCCGAGGCCAAGCGACUGAAGGGAGAGAUUACCAAGCUGCAGGAGGUCCUCAGUGCCAUCAACCGCAACGUGGACCAUCAGGCACAGGCUGUGCAGGAGGAUCUUGUCAACUGGCAGCAGUUCCAGGCCGGUCUGCAGCAAAUCAAGCCAGCCGUGGAGCAGAGCGAAGUCAAGGUAAAUAAUGUAGUUUCUAAGCCCAUCUCCCUCGAAGAAGCCGUUGCCAUGCAACAGAAUGCCCAACAAUUCGAGACACAGUGCCAGGAGCAAUUGGACAAGCUCCAUGGCAUAUCAAACAUCAGUCAUAAAAUGUUAUGUAAGACCAAUGCCCCCGACGAAUUGGACGCCAUGCAUUCGCGUUGGACUGCCGUCCAUGAGAACGCGAAGCAGGCGAGCGCCAAGCUCGAGAAGUUGGUGGCCAAUUGGAAGUCAUUCGACGCCGAUGCCGCCAAGCUCGAGGAUUGGGUUGGACAGGGUGAGCAACUAAUGUCCCGCCGUCCAGCUGUCCUCAACACCCCACACAUUGACAAGCUCGAAAAGGAGCUGGUCAAGCUGAAGUCGUUCAACAACGAGAUCUCGCAGCAACAGGCCAAACUGGUGACUCUGGGUCAAAAUGCCGAUCAAAUCAGUUUGCACUUGGCUCCUGAAGGAGCAGCCGCUUUGAAGGAUCGCGUUAACCAAAUGAAGGGCAAGCUGCAGAAGCUUUCGGAAGCCACUCGAGGUCACAUCAACGAGGUGUCCGACGCCAUUAUCUCCAGGCAGGACUUCAAUGCCAAGUUGGUGAACUUCUCCAACUGGAUGGAGCAGCUUCGUAAUCAGGUCACUCAGGUGGAGGAGAUCAACCCGGAGCGGGUGGAAACCAGUCUCCAUGUCAUCCACGCGCUACUGCAGGAGCAUGCCGAUAAGAAGCCAAGUUUCAAUGCCAUAUAUGAUGAAGUUAAGCAAUUGGCCUUGGGCGCCACUCCCGAGGAGUCGAAUGCCCUGAACGAUGCCUACACCGCUUUGGUGGUGAACUAUCAGAACCUAGAGACCAACAUGCUGCAAAAGAAGGCGGCUCUGGAGAAGUGGACGGAGCUGCUGGGCUGGAAGAAUGACACCGAAUCGCAUUUGAACUACCUCAAGCAUCAGCUGGACAAACCGGAAGGACCUGCUGCCGAGGAGCUGUCCAAGGUCAUUGAUGAGAUCGAUAAUUUGGGUCAGGGUAUUGGAUACUGGAAGGGUCAGGCGAAGGAGAUUGACGAAAACCCGGCCAUCCAGUUGAGGGAUGCUCUGUCUCGUCGUCCACUGAUUGCCACCCAAAUUGUGAACGAUGUUGAGAAUAAACUAGAGAAUCUGAAACUUCGCUCGCAGAACCAGCAACAGCAAAUCCAACAGAUGACCGUGCGUAAAGAUAAGUUCCAUGCCCUGGAGCAUAACUUUGGACAGGCACUUCAAGAAAAUCGCGCUAAGCUGGACGAGAUUCUCAGACAGCAUCCUACUUUGAAUAACAUCGAUCAAAUCAUCGCCGAUUUGGUCGCUCUGAAUGAUGCUCUGAAAUACCAAGCCGAUCUGAAGAAUCGCAUUCAUGACGAAGGUUCAUUGCUGAUGCGUGAAGAUAUUGCUAGCAUGCCCGCCAUUCAGGAGAGCCUACUUAUCAUGGACAAGAACUACGAUUCUCUGCAGAAUGAAAUAGCUGAUCGCAUUCAGAAGUACAACCUGAUCAGCCAGGCCCUGAGAGAAUAUGCCGAUUCCAAGGACAAGUUCUCCAAGGAACUAAAGAAGGCAGAAGAUCUAUUCAAUGCUAUACCUCAACAGCCACGUGAUGAAACCGAGCUCCAUCAAGCUUCCGAGAAGACCAGAAAGACCAUGGAGCAGUUGCGUAAGUCGAAGCUCAGUUUGGAUGAACUGGAGCGUCGGGGCAACAAUGUGGGCAAACUCUUCAGUGCCAUUGGAGAACCCAUUCCGCAGGAAGUGCCACAGGAAGUCACAGCCGCCAAACAACACUGGCAGGAUCUGCACGACAAGACCGCCAAGAAUGCGCAUGUGUACGAGACGGAAGCUGUUAUUUGGUCACAGAUCGAAGAUGCCAAGAAGGAUCUGCUUCCCUGGUUGUCCGAAACGAAUCAGGGACUCUGCGAUGCUGCGGAUAACUCAAUUGAAAUCGAGUUUGGACCCAUGCGUCUGAGCAAGUACCGCACGGAGUUACCUUCGUAUCAGGCUCUUAAGGAUUCGAUAGUGGAGAAAACCAAUGAUUUGGUUAAGAUCAACAAAGGUGCGGAAAUUCCCGCUCUAUCUGCACUUAACCAACUCCUGUCUGAGCAGUUUGCUGAGGUUAACAACAAUGCAGAUCGCCUAAGUGCCAUAACCACCUCGUUCAAUGACCAGGAACAAGAGUUGCGCAGGCGUUCAAAGGAAGCUGGCGAACGGGUGAGCAAACUUCGUGAGCAGCUGAUCAAAUGUGAUGACAUGUCCGGUGAUAAUAACAAGAUCAUGGAGCGUCUUCAGCAAUGCCGUGCCCUGCGUGGUGAGCUCGAUAAUAGUGGAAACGAAAUCGACAACAUCAAACAAAAGGUUGACGAGUUGCGUAAUCUGUACCCAACUUUCAGUGAGUCCAUCAUACCCAAAGAACUGAACAAUGUGCAGAAACGCUAUGAGAACGUUGAUCUUUACGCCAAGAAGAUUGAAAGUUCUCUGCUGCAGUUCCUCAAGAAGUUCCACGCCGAUAAGGUGGGCAUGCUGAAGCGUAUCAUUGCCACUCAACGCGAAAAGGUGGCCUGGUGUCAGCCGGAGUCCUCCAGUGACAAAUACAACCUGGAUGUCAAGAAGUCCUCUCUGCAGGAAGUCAGCAAGAGUAUUGAUGACUGCAAGGCGCGCCAUGCCGAGACCCUGAAGUCCUUGGAGAUGUUGAAGGCGGUAGAGUCGCCACAGAACCUGGCUGAACUCACCAGCGAUGCCGAGUUACUGCGCAAGGAUAUGCAGGCUCUGCAGGACAGCUUUGACAAAAUCAAAGGAAUCCUUGACGAGAACGUCGACUUAUGGUCGCAGUAUGAGCAAUCGAAUGAGCAGAUUUCCAACUGGCUGCGUGACGUUGAAGGACGCGUUAAGGCAGAAACUAGCAGCCAAGUUAAUCUGUCCGAGGUUCCUCAGAAGCUUCAGGAAUUGUCUAUCCUCCAGCAGGAUGUGUUGGCCCAUGAGCCCAUUAUUAAUAACCUUGAGCAGACAUCCCAACAGUUGAUUGAAAAGAAUCCGGAGGCAAGAAUUGGCCAGUUUGUCACCCACUUGGUGCAGCGUUAUCAAGCUGUGUCCAAGGCCUUAACCAGCUACAUCGAUAAGAUUCGUGGUGCUCAGUUGUCGAACGCUAACUUUGCUAAGGCCGCCAAGGAUUUCAACGAGUGGUUUGGAGAUGCCAAGAUCGAGUUCCAGGAACUUGCUCGCAUGGGCUCCCCCGGAUCAUCUUCUGCCACAGCUCAGCAACUUCAGACCGUCAAGAAUUACAUCAAGACCUUCGACAAUGGUCAGAUACUCCUGAACAAUGCAGUCGAUAUUGGUGAGGCUUUGUACCCGGUGGUAUCGCCCGACAAUCGCGAACGUAUCCGUGCUGAUCUUCGCCAGAUGCGUGAGAAGUUCGACUACUUGCGAGAUGAGGCCAAUGCUUUUAUGCAGCAAGUCGAGGGUGUUUUGAUUCAGAAGACUUCAAUCGAAGAAAGCUACACUCAGGUUUCUCACUACCUUAACGAAUCGAAAGCCAAGGUGCCCACCAGUGACGAAUUGUACCCCACUUUGGCAACCAAAAAGGCUGCACUCCAGAACUACAAGACCCAGCUGCAGGAGAUCACCCUGCACAAGAAUGCUCUGAAGCAAUUGCACGACAAGGCUGUGACCCUUUGUGAUGAUGAGUCCGAGAGGAAGACCGACGAGUCCAUCCAGGAGUAUAACACGCUCUCCAAGAAGAUUUCCGAUAGGAUUACAACAGUGGGAAAUCAUGUGGUCAAGCAUGGAGCCUACGAUCAGGUCCUGGAAAAGGCACAAGACUGGCUGAAUACCAUCAAGUCUGAAGCCAUUGAUAUUCUCAACGAGACGACAUUUGAAAAGGAAGGCGCCGAGGAGAAGCUGCUGGUUGUGGAAAAUCUUCUGCAGCACAAGCCCGAGGGUGAUUCCAUUUUCGAUACCUGCCACAAGUUAUUGGAAACGGUGCUCACACAAACCCAUCCCAGUGGCCAUCCAGCUCUGCUGAAGGGUUUCGAGGAACCGAAGCAGUCCUGGGAGGACUUUAUGACUCUUUGUCAGGAUUCGUUGGUAAAACUGAAGCAGCUUUGCUCUAAGUGGGAUGAGUUUGACACGAUCAUUGAGGAGCUAGACAACUGGAUGAAGAAUGUCGAGGUGGUGGUUAAGAACCAGAACCUCAAGAGUACGGCGGAAGCCAAGAACGCCCAUUUGAAGCAGCUUCAGGAUAUUUCAAAGGACAUCGAACGGCGCGGUGCAGCCAUAAAUGAGCUAAUGGAUCAAGGCCGUGAGAUUGAGGGUGAAACCGAUUUGAACCUUAAGUUGUCUCGCCUGAAUACUCGCUAUCAGACCCUGAAGAAUCUGUGCAAGGAAUCGAUAGCCAAGUAUGUGAACUAUGUCAAGGAUCACGAAAGCUUCGACAAGGACUUUGAUUCAUUCAAGAACAAUCUUCAGUCCUCGGUCGACGAGCUGGCCAAGACCAAUGAAAUUGUGGGCGAUCAAAGCGUGCUGCAGGAUCAGCAAAAUAAGCUCCGUGAGAUGUCCGACAAGCGCAUUUCGGAUUCCACUCUGUUCGAAGGACUCAUCGAUCGUGGCGAGAAACUCUAUGGUCACACCAGCCCUGAAGGCCGUGAAAUCAUUCGUCAGCAGUUGCGUGCCCUGCGAACCCUUUGGGACAACUAUACCGAUGAUUUGAACUCGGCGACGCAAAAGAUUGAUCAGUGUUUGCUGCAGUUUAACGAGUUCAGCAUUGCCCAGGAUCAACUUACCAAGUGGCUGAAGGAUGUGGACAAGGCCAUGCAGAGUCACACUGAAACCAAGACGACGCUGCAGGAGAAGCGCGCCCAACUGCAGAACCACAAGCUGCUCCAUCAGGAGAUCACCACACACAAUGUUCUGGUUGAUAAUGUCUGCGACAAGGCACAAAUACUGGUUGACCAGAUAAAGGAUAACUCGUUGAAUGUGUACUUGACCUCGAUCAAACAGCUUUUCCAGAGCAUAGUCCAGAAGUCGGAUGAAAUCUUGCACAAUCUGGAGGAUUGUGUUCAGAAGCACAAUGAAUUAAACAAUGCCCUGUCCUCAGCCAAAACUUGGAUUUCGAAUGAGAAGGCCAAAUUACUGGAGUGCGAUGAUGCUUACGGUGAGAAGGCGGACAUUAAGCGCAAGAUCGAAACUUUGGGACAAUUGGCUCAGAACAAGCCACAGGCAAUGAAAAUAAUCAGCGAUAUCCGUGAUCUCUUUGAGAAGGUGAAGGCUACGACCUCCGAAAAGGGUAAUGAAGUGCUGGACAAGGAAAUUGAGGAAUUGGAGACCACCAUGAAGAGUCACUUUGAUGACAUCGAGGGCAUUGAAGGCAAACAGAAGGAUGUGCUUGCCCAGUGGGACAAGUUUGAAAAGGCGCUGGAGGAACUUACCAAGUGGUGCCGCAGUGCAGAGGCAGUGUUCCGUGAACAGCAACUGCAGUCCACGCUCCAUGAGAAAGUGGAGCAGCUGGAGAAGUACAAGAUUCAAAGGGAGUUGAUACUCCAGAAGGAGAAGGAAAUCGAUGCUUUCGGAGAUGCUGCCCACGCUCUGCUUAACAACUGUGGAGCCGAUCGUCUAAAGACUCUAACCACUCAGAUCACCAAUCGGUAUCAGCUGCUUCAAGUCCUCAGCAAGGAGGUUGUUAACCGCUGGUCAAAUCUGGUCGAUGAUCACCAGUUCUACCAGGAUAAGUACAACGAGGUGGACUUGUGGCUACAACCCAUCGAAUCGCAGAUGGCGAAGGUCCUUUUGGAUGAGCCAACCCAGAGUUCUAACAUUUUGCAAGUGCUGCUGUCUGAAAAGGAGCAGGCGGAGAGCUUAUUUGCUGCUCUAAAUGCAGCUGGAGAAAAGGCUCUUCCAGAGACAUCCACUCAGGGUAGGGAGAAGAUCCGCAAGGACCUGCGCGAUAUCCGCGAUCGCUGGGACAAACUGGACGAGGGCAUUCGAAACCUGGAAAAACGCCAGGAAGCGCAGGGAGUUCAGCUCUCCAGCUACCAGGAUAUUCUCAAUCAAACCGUCAACUGGUUGGAUCAAGUGGAGAAACUGAUCCACAAUGAGAACCCUGCUAGCUGGACCAGUGCCCAAGAAAUCCGCUCCAAGUUGUACAAGUACAAGGCCACCAACCAAGACAUCAAUUCGCAUAAACGUAUAGUCGAGGCUGUGAAUGAAAAGGCAGCAGCUCUUCUGGUCAGCGCCGCUCCAGCCAAUGCGGAUGAGAUCUCCAAGGCGGUGGCUGAGGUGAACAAGCGAUAUGAUCAAGUGGGUCAGGACUGUGCCAAGUUAGUUGCCGAUCUGGACGGAGCUUUCGAUGUGUACCAGCAGUUCAGUGAGCUGCAGAAGGCUCAACAGGAUUACCAGAAGAAUCUUUGGGAUCGUCUUACCGGCUACUCGGACUAUUCAGGCAAUAAGGCAGCUCUGCAAGCACGUCUCCAAAAGAUCAACGAAAUCCAAGAUGCUUUGCCGGAGGGUGUGGCCAAACUCAAGUCCCUGGAGGAUCACAUUGAGCAACAGGCCAGUAAUAUUCCCGCCCGAUCCAAGGAGGCAAUGGCCCGUGAUCUGGCCAACUUGCAUGCCGAUUUCGAGAAGUUUGGAGCUUCGUUGAGCGACGUAAAGAGUGGGCUAGAGAAUCGUCUACAACAAUGGAAUGAUUACGAAAUCAACUUGGAUCGACUGAUCACUUGGUUGGGUGAGGCUGAGAAUUCCCUCAAGAACUACAAUCUGAAAUCCUCGUUCGAGGAGAAGGAAGAACAGCUGAACGGUUUCCAAUCUUUGGCUCAGAAUUUGCGUCAAAACGAAGCUGACUUCGAUAAGAUGAAAGAUGACACCUCAGAGUUGGUCCAGAGUUCUGGUGAAACAAGGAUUGCUGUCAAUGUGCAACAGGUUUCGUCCCGGUUCCAAUCGAUACAGGCUACAGCUAAGGAGAUUCUCAAGAAGUGCGAGCAGGCUGUCCAGGAUCAUGGUCACUUCAAUGACAAGUAUAAGCAGUGCGCCGACUGGUUGGCUAAUGCUCAGGCCCGUUACGAUGAUUGCUGUGACUUGUCCACAGUGGCAUCUCGAGACGAUCUUCUCAAGAAACAACUGGUCAUCCAGGAGCUUCUGGCGCAGCAGCCAACAGCGACCCACCUUCUGAAUAGCACCGUUGAGCUGGGCGAGAAGUGCUAUGGGUCCACAGCAACCGAAGGACGCGAGGCCAUUCGUAGUCAACUGGAUGAUCUGACAUUCGAUCAGUUGUUUGACAACAUUGCCAUCACGGCAAGAAAGAUUCAGGAUAAGAUCGCCAAGUGGUCUGGUUUCGAUGAGAUCGCUGACAGCCUGAAGAGCUGGUUGGAUGAAACGGAGAAUGCCCUUCCAGCUGAUAUUGAGCUGAAAACCACUCUGGAUGAGAAACGCAAUAAACUGCAAACCUAUCGUGACAUCUUGAACGACAUCAACAAUCACCAGGUGGAGUUGGGUAAUCUUCAGGAGAUUGCCGCCAAUCUGCCAGAGAAAACAGACCUUGUGGACCAAAUCCUUAAGGAUAUCGCUGACCGCUUUGGAAAGCUGCAAAAACGUGCCCAGAACUACGUGGAGCGUUACGAGGGUAUUGUGAGUGCUCAUCAGCAGUACUCCAAGGCUGUUAUGGAUGCUCAAGAGUUUAUCGAUGCUACCCUGAAUACUGUUCACUAUUGGGGUGAUCUGGAUCUGGAACAGAUCUCACUGCACACGAACCUCGAUCGCCUAAAGAAUCUGAAGGCCAGCUUGGCCGAUGAGUUCCCACGAGUUGAUCAAGUUAGGGCUUUGGGCGAGAAGGUUAUUCCGGGUACAGUGGAUGUGGGACAGGUGAACAUUAAGUCCCAGAUCGACACCACCCAGCAAGAGUGGGAAAGCCUACUGACCACCAUCAGCUCCACAAUUGAAGCUAUUGAAGCUCGUCUACAGCAUUGGUCGGAGUACGAGCAAUUACGUGACCAGUGUUUGGCCUGGAUUCGUGAUACGGAUAACAACCUUCAUGCAAUCGAUCUGAAGGAGGAUCUGCCGAAAAAGCGGGCUCAGUUGGAUGCACUUAAGGCCCUCCAAGGAGAUGUACGCGCCAAAGAAUUAGAGGUUGAUAAUGUCACGGAGAAGGCCCAAACCCUUCUGAAGGGUCCCAGCAGCAAUCGUGCCUCUGGUCCUGAGUUGGUAACCAAGUACCAGCAGAUCUUCCACAAGGUCAAGGAACUCAACAACCGUUGGCAGCAGUAUGUUACCUCACACGAAGAUUUUGAUAACGCCAUUUCUGAUUGUUCCUCUUGGAUCAAUGACAUCAAAGAAAAAUUGGACUAUUGCUCCGACAUGUCAUCUAUGAGUCCCAAAGAACUGGAUAAGAAACUUGCCACCAUUCAAGAUGUUAUCUUGCUAAAGGACGAAGGUUCUGCUCGUGUUUUGAAGAUCUUAGAGCAGGCCCAGCAUGUUUUGGCUAACACCGCGCCCGGAGGUCACGAAGCCAUCAAUAAGGAACUCACAGAUCUCCAGGAUCUCUGGUCCGGAAUCGCUCUGCGCAUCAUGGAUGUUAAGUCAAAUCUGGAUGACUCCAUUACUCAAUGGUCUGGUUUCCUGGACCAAGUGCAAAAUGUCCGGAAGUUUAAUGAGUGGUUGGAUGGUCAGGUUAAGGAGUUGAGUGAGCAUCAAACAACCAUGACAGAGAAGCGAGCUCAAUUGGAUCGGGUUAAAUCUACGGAGGAGAAGGUGCGCGUCGAGAAGAUUGAUGUGGAUGCACUCAAGAUCCAAGCCAAGGAAAUGAUUGCCAGUGGUCAACAGAGUCAGGCAGCCUUCCAGGCCCAAAAAGUUCUGGAUACCUUCGACGAGCUCUUUGCCAAGACCCAGAAAUUGCUGUCGGAUCGUCAAGAUCAGUACAGGGAUCAUCGAUUGUUCAAGGAGGCCUACGAUGAUCUGGUUAGCUGGAUUGGACGAGCCCGGGAGAAGUUCCCGUCGUUGAAACAGAGCAGCUUAAGCGAUAAAUUGGCCAUUGAAAACGCUGUCCAAGCUACGGAAGCUCUUCUCAACAAGCAGGCACAGGGUGAACUCCUCGUGGAGCACUUGGUCCACACUGGAGAGGUGGUGCUGGCCAGCACAUCUGCUCAAGGUCAGGAAAUCAUUAGGAAUGAUAUCCGUGCCCUGCGCGACAGCUUCGAGGGCUUGUUCCGGGAAAUCAACCAGCAAAAGGAGAACCUUGAAGUGACCAUGGUUCAGUGGCGAGCCUAUAAGGAGGAAUAUGAACGUCUGAUGGAAUGGCUCCAACAGAUCGACAUCCUUGUGAAGAAUCACAAACUGAACCUGUGCCCCAACCUACCUGAGAAGGAGAAGCAGGUGGCUGAUAUGAAGGAUGUAAUGUCCCGUCUCGAGAAAGGAAAGGAUGACAUCGAUAAGUUUAAUGCUUCGGCUGCCAGUCUUCUAAAGUCCCAUUUGGAUACCUAUGUAAACAAUCAAUUAAGGCACCUGAGCUCCGUGUAUCAAGUACAGGUGAAUCUUGCCAAGGAUGUUCUCAAGAAGGUGGAAACCAACCGCGAUCAGCAUCGUGAAUACGAUGCCAAUAUGAAAUCUGCCAAGGAUUGGAUAGCAAAUGCCAAGGCUACAAUUCAGUCGGCGGGUGAAGGAGCAGGUUCCAAGGAGGCCCUGCAGCGUCGCCUGGAGCAAAUUCAGGAUCUGAUUCGCAACCGUGAGCUUGGCCAGAAUUUGGUGCACACCGCUAUUAAUAAUGGCGAAAAGAUAAUAAGGAACACUCGCUCCGACGGACGUGAUGCCAUUAAUACCGAGAUGAAGGAACUGCAAACCGAAUGGGAUCGGCUGGUGAAGAAAAUGUCCACAGCCAAGGUGCAGUUGGAGACCAAUCUGUUGCAAUGGGCUGACUACAGUUCCAGCUACUCCCAACUGCAGCAAUGGAUUACUGACAGGGAGGCAAAGUUGCAGCAGGCUUGUGAACAGAAGAUCGUUAAGUCCAAGAGGGGUCAACCUGGUCUCAGCAGUGGAUUGAGCGAACGCAAGGCCAAUCUCCGCCAGACGAACAACAUUGUCCAGGAUAUUGUGUCAUUUGAGCCCAUGAUUCAGUCGGUUACCUCCAAGGCUUCGGUUCUUCAGCAGGGUGCUCCGGGCACUGAAAUCUCCGAUAAGUACGAGAAUCUUACCAAGCAAGCUAAGGAUUUGUACGAGAAACAGAAGAACAGCAUCGAUAGCUAUCAGUCCUUGAUUGACGCGGGCAAUGAAUUCGCCACGUGGUUGAGAAAUGCCAAGGAACGAUUGAGCAAGUGCUCUGAACCCACGGGCGAUAAACAGGCUCUGGCCGAGAAGACCCACCAGCUGAAGAUUCUGCAGGGUGAGCUGCCGGAAGGCGCCCAGAAACUGAAGAAUGCUCUGGAACAGGGCGAGAUCGCGUGUCGCAGUGCCGAGCCCGAAGAUUGCGAGAUAAUCGAGCAGGAAGUGGCUCUGCUUCAAGAAGAAUUCGAUGCUUACAGGGAAGCUCUUAAUAAGGCCAAGGAUUACCUGGAAGUGGGUAUUGUCAAGUGGUCCGACUACCAGGAUCAGUACACCGAAGCCUUGGAGUGGUUAAGCAAGACCGAAGCUUUGGUGCAAUCCUACAACAAACUGCAGGAUAGUUUGAUCCAGAAGAAGGUUGUCCUCGAGCAAUUCCAGGGUCAUCUGCAGACCCUAUUCGACUGGCAGAAGACUCUUGAUGAUCUGAACAUGAAGGCGCAGGUUCUACUGGAGACUUGCUCCGAUACAAGAAUCAGCAAUGCUAUCAUGCAACUGACCACCAAAUACAAUGCUCUACUGACUCUGGCCAAGGAGGUGAUGCGUCGCCUGGAGAUGCACUACCAGGAGCAUCAGCAGCAUCACAGUCUGUACGAGGAGUGCCAAUCAUGGAUUGAGAAGACCCGGGAGAAGCUUUCCGAGUGCGAACAAAUUCCCGGAACUCUUAACGAGGUUCAAAUCAAAUUGAACACCGUGAAGAACCUUCGUCAAGGUUUUGAAACUGGCCAGAAUAAACUGCGUUAUCUUUUGGAGCUCAAGGAGAAGGUGAUAAUGAACACCGAACAAAAUGGUGCAGCCAAGAUCCAGGAAGAUACCGAAGCCCUAAAGCAGGACUUUGACAAACUGUUGGUGGAUCUGAACGAUGUUCGCCAGAAAUUGGCCAAUCGUCUUGCCCAGCUGGAGGAGAUCUUCAAGCUGUACAAGAUCCUGGUUGAAUGGCUGGAAGAUGUGGAACCGAGUGUCAAGACCAGUGAUGAGUUCCUCAAUGACUUGAGUGAGAAACGAGCGGCGCUGGAGAAGUUCCGCGUCAUUCAACGAGAUAUCAAUGGUCACAAUGAUAUCGUGGAAAAGAUCAAUCAGCGGCUUAAGGAGGACAACAGUUUGGACCUAAAGGACUUCCAGCCCGGCUUGACCAAAUUCGAUGACCUGCAGACCCAGGUGAACAAAAUCAUCGAGUCGCUGGAGAACCAGGUAAACAGCCACGAGAAAUACAAGCAGGCCUACAAUGAGCUGCAAGAUUGGCUACGACGCACUCGCAUUGAGGUGGAGCAGUGUGCCGACUGCCAUGGCGAGAAGGAUCAAGUGGAGAGUCGUCUGAAUCGAUUGGGAGAUAUACAAUCAUCAUCUCUGGAGGGCAAGGCCCUUCUUGAAGCUUGUGAAGAGCUGAGUCAGUCGGUGAUUGCCACCAGCGGAAGCGAAGGCCAGGACAAUGUGGCCCAGGAGAUCAAGCAUCUCACCUCGGAGUGGGAGACCCUCCAAUCUUUAUCCCGCGAUGCUCGCGGCAGCUUGGAAUCCUGCUUGGCCGCCUGGCAGACCUUCCUGCAGAAGUUCAACAAGAUCAACCUUUGGAUCGAAACGAUGAACAAGCGCGUUACCAAAUCCCAGGAAGGCGAGAACAAGACCCCCGAAGAUUUGGUUAAUGCCAAGAAACUGCUUGAGGAAGUGCUGGCCGAGAAGGAUAAUGUGGAGGACCUGAACGACAAGUGUGAGCUCCUCAUGGAGCAGAGUGCCUGCACUCGCAUUCGUGACCAGACCAUCGAAACCCAGGCCAACUACACCAAGCUCUUGACUUCUGCUCAGGGAUUGGUUGCCAAGAUCGAGAAGAAUCUGUCCGAUCACACCGAGUUCCUCAACUAUAAGAAGGAAAUGGACGCCUGGAUUGAAAAGGCCCAACAGGUCCUCGACGAUUGCUCCACUGAUGGCGAUGCUGCCAUCAUUGUCCAUAAACUGGAUACGGUCAAUUCCUUGGCUUCUCGUCUUCCCGAGGGUCAGCAUCUGUUGGCCUUGGUGCAGGAUGCCUACUCGAAGGCCUCGAACAUCACUCCUGAGGAUAAGCAAGAGAAGCUGCGGGAGCUGAUGACCAAGGUUCGCGAAGAUUGGGAUGCCCUAGGACUGGCCGUUAAGCAAAAGUUGAGUGACCUGAAGCAGGCGCAGACUCGUUGGAACGAUUUUGCUGCCAACAAGGAUAAGCUUGAGAAGUGGCUCAAUGAAACCGAGACGACUCUCAAGGUGGCACCGGAAACCAAGGGCGAACUGAGCGAAAUGAAGACCCUGCUGGAGCGUUACAAGACCCUUUCGAAUGAACUGAAACAGAAGGGUAACGAGCUGGAGCAGCUGCAGUCGGAGGCUCGCGACCUGGGCACCGAAGUGGAUGCAGUGAAUCGCUUGCAAUCGCAAUGCGACAAGCUCAAGAACGAUUGCUCCGCACACAUUACGGCGCUGGAACAGGAGAUGUUCGAUUAUAAUGCCUACCACCAGAGUCUGCAGGAUGUGGAGAAGUGGCUUCUGCAGAUUUCCUUCCAGUUGAUGGCUCACAAUUCGCUGUUCAUCUCGAAUCGUGAACAGACGCAGGAGCAGAUCAAACAGCACGAAGCUCUGUUGGUUGAAAUUCAAAAGUACCAGACCAAUUUGGAUGACUUGAAUGCCAAGGGUCAGGCGCAGAUCAAGCGUUAUGAAUCCUCAACACCAGCCAUUCGUCCCACUGUUGAGUCACAGCUGAAAAAUAUCCAGGAUAGCUACAACUCCCUGCUGCAAACCUCAGUGCAGAUCAAGAACCGCUUGUUGGAAUCGCUGGCCAAGUUCCAGGAGUACGAGGACACUUUGGAUAGCAUUAUGCGUAAUCUGGAGACAUAUGAGCCCAUUAUCCAGACCGAACUUGAUGCUCCGGCCACCAGCCUGGAGUUGGCUCAAAACCAAUUGAGGUGUGCCCAGGAAAUGCAGAACAAACUGAACAACGAGAAGUCCCGACUGGCAGCUGCCGUUCAGGCCUGUGAGGCAGCCACUGCCUCCAUCAGUCGACCCAGUUCUCCACUGGAAACAGCCAUGCAGGCUAUUCCCGAAAGGGAGCUCAUUGUGCGCGCCAAGCUCGAGGAUCUGCUGGAUCAGAAACCGCCUGCAAAGACUCGGAGCUCAACCGGAGGUGUCAACAGAGAUGAUGAUGAGGACGAGGAUGAUGUUGAGAUUCAGGUUGAGCUCAGCGAUGUGAAUGAGGCGCUUUUGGAUCCCAUUGCCCACGAGCGUGUCAAGAACUAUCGUCGCAUAGUUCGCUUGAAUAGCGCCCAUGUGGGCAAGCUGAAUGAAUUAGUUGCUAAGGUGCAAUCCCACUUGGGUGGUUUGACUGCAUCCGUUAGCGAACUGGAGCAACAGCAGAAGCAGCGCGCCGAGCUGCAGGAUUGGGUGAAGAAGCAGCAGAGCUCCGUCUCGGAUUGGAUGAUGCGUCCUUGCAAACUGCGUCCGGAGGCAGCUCAACAGGAGCUGGUGUCCAUGAACGAUUUGCUAAACUCCAUCGGUGACAAGAGGUCCCAGUUGAUGCUGGAAAUGACAGGUUCAUUGGGCGACGAGGAUACCGAUCUGGAUGAUAACAUUGACAAGCUGGAAUCGGAACUCAUGGAUGCCAUUGCCAAGAAGCAGGCUGGUCAGAAUGUAAUCGAUGGCUAUCGCCAGGGAAUGGCUGAUGUCCAAAACUGGUUCGAUACCCUGAUCAAGCGCAUGGACGUUUUGGAUCGCGGUUCGGGUUUAAAUUGUGCCCAGAAAAUGGCGGCCAUUAAUGAGAUCAAGAACGAAUAUGAGCUGCAGGGACACCCCAAGAUUCAGGAGCUCAAGGGCAAGGCAGCGCAGGUGGCGGAGGUCAUCAGCAAUCUCGAUGGUCAGCAAGUGGAAGAGCAAAUGAAGUCACUGGAUCGUCGCUUUGCUGAUCUCGGCAAGCGUAUCGAUCGCAAGGCUCAACUGCUGGAUGUGACCAACAAGGGUGUGGAGGGAGCCAAGGGCGAGAUCGAUCAACUCCAGAACUGGGUGAAACAACAGAUUGAGGAGCUGCAGGCACCCACACCAUUGGGUUACACUCCCAAGGAUGCCGAGGCACGCCAGCAGAAGAUCAAGAGUCUGAUGAAGGAUGCCGAGGCCAAGCAAUCCCUGGCCGAUGUCCUUGAGAAGCGUGUGGCCAACAUGCAGCAGGAAUUGGAACCCGUUGAGUACUCCCAACUGGAGUCCGCAUUGCGUAAUCUCAACACUGAGAACCGCAAUCUAUCGGGAGUCCUAAAGGCUGAACUAGAUCGUGCUCUGGAGGCCAGCAAGGCUCGCAAAUCCCUGGAGAACGAUUUGGACAAGGCACGCCAGUGGCUGAAGACCAAGAUAUCCGAGGUGCGCAAGCUGCCCGUGUAUCACCCACUUACCUCUGCUGAGAUCGAGAAGAAGAUCCAGGAGAACCGGAAAUACGAUGACGAUGCCAAGCAGUUCAAUGACAGCGUUUUGACUGAUGUUCAGCGGCAAGCGGCCAACAUAAUGAAGGAUUGCGAUGAUGCGGACAAGGCUGCACUUCAACAGAUCCUGGACGAAAUCGCUGCCGACUAUCAGACCCUCAAGGAUGAGAGCAGCAAGAGAGGAAAGUCUCUGGAUGAUCUUCUGCAAGGUCGCAAAGCCUUUGAGGAUUCCAUGAAGAACAUGGGCGAUUGGCUGAACGAAAUGGAAACCGCCACCGAGGGUGAGCUUCGUACCACUAGCCUCCCCGUUUUGGAGGAGCAGCUGGCCCAUUACAAGAAGCUCCUCAGUGAUGCCGAGAAUAAGGGUGGUCUUAUCAACGAUGUUUCGGAGCAAGGAAAGAGCAUCCUGCCCACACUAAGCAAUGCCGAUAAAUUGAAGCUCAACGACGACAUCAAGAACAUGAAGGAUCGUUAUGGCAGAAUCAAGAAUACCAUCGAUGAUCGCGUGAACGCCUUGGGUGAUCACAUCAAGAAGUACAAGGAUGCCAAGAGCAGGUUGGCCGAGUGCAGUCAGUUCUUGGGCAAUAUUCAGCAGAAACUCAGGGAACUCAACCGCCCGAUUGGAUCCAGGAUCGAAGAUGUCCAGGACUUGUUGGGUGCCUAUGAGGGAAUUCUCAAGGAACUCAAGGACAGCAAGAGCAAAAUGGGCGACAUGCAGAUGGAUGAUUUGCCCGAGUUGCAGAGCAUUUUGGCCCAGCAGGAUGAUAUGAUUAAACUGAUUGAAGAUCAGUUGGCUCAUCUUCGCCAGCUUCUGCUGCUCCGCGAGCAAUUUAUUGCUUUGAUUAAUGAGAUUAUUGCCUUUAUCAUGAAGUACACCGAUGUUAUCAUUGACAUUGAAAACUCACCUGAUAGUCUGGAGGAUAAGAUCAACAAGUACGAUGAUGUGAUUGUGAAGAUUCAGGAGUGCGAAGGCGUCUUGGCUUCGGCCAAUGACAAGGGCCAGAAGAUUGCCUCCGAGGGUAACGCUGCCGAUAAGAACAGCAUUACUGAGCAGUUGCAGUCGCUGAAGAAUCAGCUGCAGAAUCUCCGCAAGGCGGUGGAAUCGCAGCGCCAGAAGCAUCAACUCCAGCUGGAAUCCCACAAGAAGAUGGCCGGCGAACUGAGCGAAAUCCUCGACUGGUUGCACAGCCACGAGGGAGCGGCCAAGUCGCGUCCUCUACUGGAUCGGGAUCCCGAGUCUGUGGAGCGGGAGCUGCAAAAGCACCAGGCUCUCAGCCAGGACAUCGAAUCCUAUCUCAAUAAAUUCAACAAAAUCAAUGAUGGUGUCAAAACCGAAAUUGGCAUGCCAAGUUCUCUGUUGGAAAUGCUCUCCGAGGGCAGAUCCCUGGUGGCUUCACUGCCCCACGAACUGGAGGAGCGUGAAAAGUAUCUGAAGAACAACCGCGACUCUCGUUUGGAGUACAUGCAACUGGUGGCCAAGUUCAAUGACUGGGUCCAUGAGGCCGAGUUGCGCCUGCAGAACAGCCAGCAUGGCAUCGACUACGAGCACUUGGUCCAGGAUCUCGACGAACACAAGAUCUUCUUUGGCAAUGAGGCACCCAUCCGUAACCUGGUGCACAAGCAAAUCCAGGAGGCCGCCGACAAGAUCUGGUCCUCGCUGAACAACUACGAACAGUCGGAACUGUCGGCGGAGUUGGCUCAGUUCCAAACCAAGUUGACCAACACACUGGCCAAUGCCAAGACCCAACAGAGCGAGUUGGAGAAGGAGGCGGAACGCUGGCGGGAAUACCAGCAGUCCAUCGAUCGCGUCAAGGCCACCAUCGAGCGUACCAAGUUCGUUGAUGAGCCCGUCCAGAAUUUGGCUGGACUGCACUUCAAUAUCCAGAAGCUGUCGCACGCCAUUGGCAAUGUUCAGAGCCAAAACAGCGACUUAUCGCUAGUCAACCAGCAGGCCCAAUCGUUGAUCCGCCAGGCGGACGCCCGCAAUCGCCAGCUGAUCGAGCAGGAUAACGCCGGACUGAAUAGAUCUUGGCAGGAUUUGGUGCGCAGCCUGGAACAGCGACGCGACAACCUGCAACAGUUGGCCGAGCAUUGGGACAGCUUCGAGAACAGCCUGCACGCCUGGGAAAAGGCACUUGGUCGACUGGAGGACAAGUUCCGCAAUGUCGAUCCGACUGUAAGAUCCCGACGUCACUUGGAAGAUACGAAGAAUGCCAUUCAGGAACUACGUGAAGAAUCAAAUCAACUUAAAUCAUCACAUAAAGAAAUCGAGGCGCUCUCUAAAUCCAUCCUCACAUUCCUUGGGGAAGUACACAAACCCUCGGCGGAGGCCAUACAGGCCAAAGUGGAUAAGUUAGUUGGACAGCAGGCCAAGUUGAACGACACUCUGCGCGAUAAGGAGCAACAGGUUAGCAAGGAUCUCGAGGAGAUCGAGCAAGUCUUCCGUCGCAUCUCGCAGCUGCAGGACAAGCUAAACGCGCUUCACGAGCAACUGCAAUCGGUUCACGUCUACGACGAGCACAUAGCCCAAACGGAACAGCUCCUCAUCACACUGAACAGCCAGGUGCAGCAGGCCGCCGAGGAGAGCAAAUCACUGGUGGCCCAGACAACGGCCCACUAUCAGGCCAAACAGAAUCAGCUGCCCAGCGACAUUGCCCAGGAGUUUACGGCUCUUGAGCUACUUGCCGAACGCGUCCAGGUGACGAUGGAGACCAAAGAGAAGGAUUUCAAGCGGGCCAAGACCGUGCGCACCGAAUAUAUGGACGGUGUGGACGAGGUGCAGCGUUGGCUGCUCCAGGCAGAGGUGCAGGUGCAGGAGAGAAGCCUCACACCCACACAGAUGAAGGAGCUGCUGCAGCGCAUUAACCACGAGAUAACCGCCAUCUACGAACGUUUCACCCUGGUCAAGACCAACGGCCAGCUGAUCAUCGAGAACUGUCGCAACAGCGAGGAGAAGACGCUGGUGCAGACGACCAUCGAUCAGUUGGCCGCAUCGCUGGCCCAGGUACGCGGCUGGCUGGACGAGAAGAAGCAGGCGGUGGGCGAUAGUCUGGACGCGUGGGCGAGGUUCAUGAACCUCUACCAGAUCGUGAUGUCGUGGGCGUCCGAGAAGCGCACCUUCAUCGACCAGACCAUCGAGCUGCGCACCCUGCCCGAGGCACGCAACAAACUGAACGACUAUGUGACGGCUGUGAAGAGUAUUAAACCGAUUGUGAAGCAUCUGAGCGAAAUGGACAAGGAACUGGAGCACAUUGGCCAAGUGACGACUGUAGGCGAUCUCAAGGACAAACUGCAAGAGGCCGAGGAUGCGAAGAUAUCCGUGGAAGCGGUGCUGCUAGAGAGGAACUCCCUGCUGCAAGAGGCCUGCGAGGAAUGGGACCAAUGUGAACGCAAGAUUAAGGAUAUACGCUCCUGGCACGAAAAGACGAAGCAGGGACUGGACUCCUCGCAGCAGCAGAAGAAACCGCUGCGCGAUCAGCUCGGCUUCUGUGAGAAGACCCUGGCCGAUAUCAAUGUGCAGAAAACGAAACUGAGACUGUCCAUCGAGAAACUGGAGGUUCAUUUCCGCAAUGGCAUGGGCGGUGAUCCGCGCCUGAGCGAGAACGUCGAUGAUCUGGUGCGCGUGCUCGACGGCCUCGGCGAAUUGGUCAAAGCCAAAUCACAGAGCCUCGAGCAGACGCUGGCCCAGAUCGACGUUUACCAGCAGCAGAUGCAGUCCCUGCGCCAGCGCAUCAUCCAGGAGGAGCAGCAGCUCCGCCUGGUGAUGGCGCCCACGUACUUGCCGCACGAUCGCGAGCGCGCAUUAGCCGAGCAACAGGCAAUGCGGGAAUCAAUCGAUGGCAUGCAGCAAGUCUACGAUGCGACCGCUCGAAAGUCCUAUGCGCUGGAUCCCCAUUCAGUGGUGACCACUUCAUCGACUGUCUCGUUGCUUAUGAAGCCAACGGCGGCAGUAGGUCUAACCUAUGCUGAAGUGCUGUCGGGACAUGCGAGUCCGGUAAGCAGCGGUAAUGAAUCGGUAACCAAUUCCCGACCAGAACGAGACCCCUCCACGACGACAACCACAACGACAACACGGCAGCAACAAUCGAACGAUACUCAGAAUCGGACCACUAUUACAACCAUUAAGACUACCACAACUACGACUACGACUUCGAGAAGUACGCACGGGGAUGACGAUCAAAGCCAGGAGAGACAAGAGCUCAAUGGCGGUGGCAGCACCAUACCCACAGCAAACUAUAAGCGCACCCAACAGGUCACACCACCCAGCGAGAAUACCUCAAACACGGUUCCUAACACAGCUACGACAACGACAACCAAUCCCAACACCCAGUUCAUCGAAAGACACCAGCAUCACCACGCGAAAACGGGUAAGAAGCUUCAGGCACCGCGGCCAGAACGCCGUGGACGAUCUCCCAGACGCCGACCUCAACAGCAAAAACCAGUGGAAUUAUCUCAACAACCCUCGAUCGAAAUUCAAUUGGAGCCCCAGCAAGCACAAGAACAGGAGCAACUCUUCUUGCCAGCUGAUGACCGAACUAGAUCUCGCAGCCCCAUGUGGGUACCAGGAUCGACUUCCUACGCUGAGGUUCUUCGGGGACUGGAGCUGGAGCGAAUCAGGGCCGAACAGCAGGCCGCCCAGGCAGUUCAGGGACGUUCCGAUCUGACCAUUCAGGAUGUUGUGGACGCUAGCGCAGAAGUUGUAGGCAUUACUUACAUACCCCAAUCAGAUCCAGAGCCCAUCAAGGAAACACAGCAACAGCCACCACAAAUGGAACAGUAUAUCACCGAAACGAGCACAUUACUUGACUACUCUACUCCGCAGCAACAGGAACAGAAGCCCCCACUUAAUUACGAAGUCCCAAUGACUGCCGAAGAGAUUGCAGCCACCUACUUGCAGCCCGAUCCGCAGUUGUAUCAGACAAUGUACGAAAACGUGGCCGAUAGCGGUCAGUGGGGUUAUGUCACGGGUUCGGCGACGGAUCCACAGCAGCAGCAGGCUCCACAGAACUACUACGAGCAGAUAAUGCAGAUGCAGCAGUAUCCCAUACAGUAUCAACAGGUGGCUGUGCCACCAGCCACUACGCAAUAUCAGCUUUUACAAGGUUACUAUCAGCCGGUGGCUCAGACGGAGGCCUAUUCCACGGUUUAUCCGGCAGAACAAAGUCAAAUCUACUACGCACCGCAAGCGACGGAGUACUCGCAGGAAUAUUCACAGCAGCAGCAGGAGCAGCAAGUCGAGCCUAUGAUUGAAUACCAGCAGGAAACAGUGGAGCAGACAUAUCUGCUUGAUCCAUAUCGCGUGGAGAGCACUCUUCCCUCGACGACCGGCAACAGCGUGCUGGAUCGCGUUGUUACCACACUGGCAUCGAUCGUUCAACAGAGUGCAGAGCCCCUGACCACCAGCACCCAGCAAAUCGAACCUCUUGCUACUGUGGCCCAGAGCGAGCCAUACUAUAUUGAAGAGCAUGUUCAAAUGCUGCGACCCGUGGAGCCGCAGGAACUUGAGCUGGACGAACCGCGACCUGAUAUCACAUUUGGUCAGUUUGACGUUGAUGCUAUUGAAACCAUACCAUUGGAUGAACCACAAGCUCCACAGACCCAAGUCGAGACACAGUCGCAAGUCCGUACUCAACAAACUAUUACGACAACCACCUAUGUAACAGAGACUUCAACUGUCUCCGAACAGACACAGCCAACUGUGAUAAUGCAGCAGACUCAGGAAGUCAUCGCGAUACCAGAUAUCCCACAAAUCCCCACGGAAGAGCCCACAAAUAUUGUGGUGCACCCGCAGCCUCAGAGGCGAAGCAACCAACAGGUCCGGCCCCAGGACAUUAGCACAGGCAGCACUUACGCCGAAGUCCUCUUCGGUCUCCACCACAAACAACAUCCAGUUUUCCAGCCAUCCAGUCAGCAACCGACCCCAGUGCGCCUCACGUCCUCGCCGCCUUUGCAACGCAAGACAGAACAGGCUGGUCCUAUCAGUACCACUGCUUUUACCAGUAAGACUACCCAACCAGGCCGACAUGUCGAGAAAUCGUCGACAUGGGAACACAAGAAUGACAAUGUGGACUCACGAAACUCGCGAAGUAAGAGAGUGAGGCACGAAGCUCAACCGGAACCACUACCGAUUAAACAGAGUACCAGGAAAGACGGUAGGACGGUUAGGAAACCCCAGUCCCCAGAUACAAAUGGUGUUGCCUCGGUGGAAACCAAAGUUGUUGUGGAUGCCCCAGCUCCCAAUCCUGUAGUUGAAGAGACUUCAAAGCCUGAGCCAAAGCCCAGAAAAUCGAAGAAGGGUAAGAAGACUACUGAUAAUGUGGUUGAAUCAGCCGUCGCUAUUUCAGUGCCAUGUAAGAAAGAUACGCAAUCGGUUCUUCCCUCUGUAGAGAAAAAGGAAACUGUUGUCGAAAAAUCUGUGAUAAAGAAAACCGUUGAACCAUCCGUUGAGCCAGUAGAACCAGUUCCAAUUCCCUCGAAGAGAGAAAAGAAACAAAAGCCGGUUAAGGAAAAGGAAACUCCUCAGUCAGAUGUACCGGUUGUUGAAGUGGCACCAGUCGCUCCAACCAGAAAAGAGAAGAAACAAGUCAAGACAGUUGUUAAGGAUGUUGAAACCACCAUUAGGACUGAACCAUCGAUUGAAAAGGAGACUGCUAAGCCAGCUGAUGUUCCAAAGACACAAGUAAAGCAAACGAAAACUCUGGUCGAGACGGUAGUUGAAAAGAAGGUUCUCCAACCAGUCGUUACUGAGGACGUAGAAUUAGCAAAGCCUCCAACCCCGGCAGCUCCUUCGAAGAAGGACAAGAAAAAGAACAAGACAGUUGUUGAGCAAGAAGUGAUUAAGAAGCCAACUGAGACUGUUAUCGAAAAGGAGGUAGUAACGCCAACUGUGAUUGAAACAACCGAUGUUUCUCAAGUAAAGGAACAGCAAGCUUCUCCUACUUCUUCGAAAAAGGAAAAGAAACAGUCCAAAAAAGUUGUUGAGACCUCUGUGAUUGUCACGGAAAAUGUGGAAUCGGCUGUUCAGCUAGAGGCUGCUCCUGCAGUGCCCACGAAGAAGGACAAAAAACGGGCUAAGAAGGAACGUAAGGAAGAUAUUGAAGUUUCUUUGACAUCGGAGCCGUUAGUUUCUGUUCAGGAAACCGUUGAAAGAGUUGAAACCUUAUCCGAAACAAUUCCUGUAUCAAAAUUAGAAGAAGAAAAGGUGACAAUUCAAUAUGAAAAUGGUUUUUCAGAUUUAGCACCUACAACAACCAACACUGUAACCGAGGAUUUGGCAUCUUCAAUAGAAGUUGCACCCACCAAUAUAACUGAGACCAUUAUCGAAGGCGAGCCCACGGUUACCACAUCGACUAAUACCAUCUCAACGGAAAGUGGAACUACAACUAUCACAACGCGAACAAUAACCAAGCAUAUUACCAAGCGCAUAGUGAAGCGUAUUGUAGAUGGUAAGGAGGAGAUUGUUGAGGAAGACGUCAUUGAUGAUUUGCCGGAAGAGAACAUCUGCGUUGAGCAGUACAAUCUACCAACAAUCGAAACCACCACCAAAGAGGUGCCCAUCGAUGUGACAGGAUUCGCUACAGCCCAGGAUACCAUCGUGCAGCAGGGAUCGAUAACUAAGACCGUUAUUACCAAGACAAAGCGCAUCCUGAAGCGCAUCACCGAAGACGGAGAGGAAAUAGUUGAGGAGGUCUUUGAGGAUGAACCCGAGGUGGAGCGCGACAUUACACUACUGCCAACUACAGUGGUGACUUCGUUGGAUGUCAUUAAGGAUGCCGCCCAUAAUGUGGUUGAGGAAGUUAUUAAACAAGCUGAGGAAAUAAGGCAACCUGAAUUGCAAGAAUUGAUCUUGGAAAAGCCUGCUAUGGUAGAAAGUCCCGCUGAACCAGAAGUUUCCAGCGAAGUUGUUGUUGAGCAGGAGCAAAGUAAGCCACAGAAGCCUUCGAGAAAGGACAAGAAGAAGCAAAAGGAGACCAAACCAGAAACUGUAAUCGAAACGAAGGUUGUUGAAAUUGUCAAGCCGCAACAAGAAAUCGCAGAACCCCAACAAGAAAUCACAGAGCCCCUGAACACAACAAGUGCAAUUACAACGGAUAAUAAUCAAACCCUUUCGUCGGAGCAAACUACUGUCAGCGAUGAUAGCGGCCUCAUUAAGACUACAGUUAUUCGUACAACCAAAAUCGUAAAGAAAAUCUCAAACAAUCAGCAGGAAAGUCAGGAGAUGACCUCUUCCACCUAUUCAGAUGCACCCUCGUCUUUGGGGUCUUACGAUUUGGCGGAAGAAGCAAUAGAACCUGCCAAGAUUGAAAAAUCAGAGUCGAAUAGCCGCGAAAUUAGCGAUGAGGGCGUGGUUAAAACCACUAAAACCACAACUACCAAAACCAUCAUAACUCCCAAGGUAGAAGAAGUCAAAGAGGAACCAGCAUUGGAAGUGACAUCCGCUGUCUCGCCUCCAAUUGAUACUGAGUCAGAGGAAGGUGGCGUAAUAAAAACCACUAUUGUGCGUACCACCAAAAUUGUCAAGAAGAUUUCCAAUGAGACAGAAAAUGUCAGCGAGACAAGCAGUGAACCCGAAGUAUCUUUACCAAUUGUGGAAACAGUCAUUCAAGAUGCACCUGUAGUAGCUGAAUCGGUUACAACCGAGUCGAAUAGCGAGGGUAUAACCAAGACCACAACGACGCGGACUACAAAGGCUGUGGCCAAGACUGUCACCGAAAAUGAACGAGAAAUCCUUAAUCUACCGGAUGUUCCUGUUGGUCCUGUUGAGCCAGAUAGUACAACCGUUUUGGGUGUAAUUGAAACCGUCGAACUGCCAGAAGUUCCGGAGGUCCCCAUUGGCGUCGAGGACAAGCUUCUAGUCACGGCAACAUCUACUAAACGUUCCCAGGCUAGUCAAGAAAAGUCAAAAAUAUUGGACUUCAUUAGCGCCGAACAGAAUGCGACUGAUAAAUAUACAGCGCCUGUGAAAACCGUCCCGGAGGUUCCAGUUAUCGAGGAGCUUGAGAACAGUUAUCCAAUUGAAGAAAGUACGCCCUCUGAGCCAGAAUCUUCAGGUGUUGGGGAUGUUGUCAAGACCACAAUUGUUCGAACAACGAAAAUUGUUAAAAAGGUAACACAAAACACGGAACAGAGCGUCAAUGUGAUCAUCGAUGCUCCUGAGCCGGAGACUGAAAAAACGGAUCCAGAAGAGCCUGUUGAGGAGGCUAGUGGUGGUGUGACUAAGACAACAACUGUGCGUACUACGAAGAUCGUGAAGAAGCUGAAUGAAGAUGGAGAAACAACCACGGAGAAGACCAGCACUGCCAGUGACCCAGUGACAGUGCGCGAACCUUCGCCAGCUUUUUCGGAAGUUCCGAGCGAUACUUCAACCACAUCCAGCCAAAUCGAUGGUGCAAUUAUCAAAACUACGACGAUUCGCACGAUGCGCAUUACAAAGAGGGUUUCCAAUGACGGACGUAUUCACCUUACGGAAAGCGAGACACCAAGUGAUGUAAUCGUGACUUCUAGCAUCGAAAUGCCCGACCAACGACCAAUUAGUCCACUUAUAUCGUCGAGGUCAUCCUCCCCUGCUGUGACGCCUAGUUCCGAACUUAAGCUAGAUAAUUUGGGUGCAAAUAUUCAGUUAGGAUUGAAAGACAGUCCAACCGGGGUCAAGGUUAUUGGCAUCGAAACCAGCAUAGAGAACUUGCCGAAGUUUUCUGAACAGCAGUUCGCUACAAGCAACACUAAUGGGGACAUUAACGAGACGGAUAGCAUUACCACUACUACGACGACUACCAAGAACACGAUACUUACGACUACGCAACGACGAAGCUUCGAAACCGAAGAUGGCACAAAUGUUCUUUUCGUGGGAGAAGGCAUUGACGGUGCAUAUCCACCGGGCACAGUUCAAAAAAUUUCCCUUAUUACCCAUGAAGAGAAGCUGAAGACACCUAUUGUGAAAAUGCAUCUUGAUUUUCCGGAGGUUAGUCUUCGGGUGACCGAGACUGUGACUGAAAAUGUGGAAUCCCUGCAAAGAACAGCCGAAAGUAGUGAAAAUUCCGUGAUUGAAGUAGUUGAAUUGUCCAAAUCUGAAGUUCCAGAAGCAAUAGAAUUGAAGCCAGCUCCCAUUGAUGAUCAUUCUACCAAUUUAGACGAACUAGUCAAGAUCCCAGAAGCGACCCCAACAGUUUUACCCGAAAGUAAUCCUGCAGAACUAAGCCCUGAAGAACAGAAGCUUUUCGAGGAUAUUCAGAAGAAAUUGUCUAAGAAAGAUAAGAAGAAGCGCCCCGCCAUUCCAGAAGAAUUUAUUAAGCAAGAAACGGUUCAGGUUAUUCUAGAAGAAAGCAAAGGUAAUGAUGCUCCUAAUGUUGUCCCUGUAGUUGAAGAACUAACUGAUGUCGCUGAACCCUUAGUUAAGCAGGACCCUAUUGCCCCGACUGUAAAAGUAGAUACUAAGCCGAUCCCUGUUCCAGACUCAGAGAAACUGCUCAACAUUUCCGAAGACUCGUCCCUAAUCUCAACCUCUAAGUUAAUCGAGCAAAUCAAUUCAGAAAUUCUUUACCACGAGUCUAUAGUAGAAGUUGUCCCUGUUUCUACCCAAGAAGAAGUGCAAGUAGAAAAUCCAUGUGAAACUCAAUCAAGUCCUGCUCCUACUAAUAUCGCUAAUGAAAUUGUUCCUGAUAAACCAAGCGCAUUAAUGGCUGAAGCAUUUGUGGCUAACACGGUAAGCACUUUAAGUAUAAUCACUAAUAUUGAGAAACUUUCACCUUUAAACAAAAUAUUUGAAAUUCCCAAAUUUGACAUAUCCAAAUUUACUAUUGCUGAGGGUAAUUAUCACAUUAUAAAUUCUAAAGCUAAAGCAAUUGAGAAGUUAAGUCCUACCGAACCUGAUCCUGUAUCGCCACCAAAGUCGGUAAGCUUCGACAUUGACACCGAAACAAAAAUAGAAUCUACCAUCUCCGACGUGGGUUCAACAACAACACAGGUUUCCAAUGUAGACCAACAAAAAGAUAAUAUUCCAGCUAUAUACCACUUUGAGAUUCCCAAAUUUGACAUACUGUCCCUUAGUAAGACGGAAAGCAGACAGAGAACUCUACAAGCUUACGAGCUUCAGGAAGCUCCAGUUCAAGACAAAUCGGAAACCAUUACAUCUGCCACUAAAACAGAAAAUGAGAAAUACUCCAGCGAAACUUAUAUUCCUGAGGAUCCCCAGAAACCUGAACCAGUUCCUGAGCCACAAAAUGAGGAAUCUGUAACAGAAGAAUUCGUCAAGCCAAUAAUUAAAGCUCCACUUGAAGACGAAAGCUUUAUAACUGAGACCACAACAACAAUAACGACCGAGUCUGUGAGCAAUACUUCUAUUCCUGAGACACUAAAUGAAGUAACUGCUGUCGAAGAAGUAGUCGAGGACAAGCCAAUUGUUGGACAGGAACCAGUUCCUGAGCCACUGAAGGAAGAAACUCUUGCGAAAGAAGUAGUCGAGGAUAAGCCCAUUGUUGAAACUUCUGUUGUGGACGAAUCCAAGACCAUUACAACAGUUACGACCACGACAACAACUACCGAAAACAUUAUUGAAGUUCCUACUUCCGAGGAACCCAAGAAGGUAGUAGAACCGGAGAAGAAACCUGAAGAACCCAAAAAACCAGCAUAUGCCGGUCUUCCCGUCGAUGACUCUUCUAGCUCGUGGAUGGAUGUCCUGGAUGAACCCAUGAACUUCUCUGACGAUGAAGAGGAACCAGUUUCUGAGCCACAAAAGGAAGAAACUCUUGUGAAAGAAGUAGUCGAGGAUAAGCCCAUUGUUGAAGCUUCUGUUGUGGACGAAUCCAAGACCAUUACAACAGUUACGACCACGACAACAACUACCGAAAACAUUAUUGAAGUUCCUACUUCCGAGGAACCCAAGAAGGUAGUAGAACCGGAGAAGAAACCUGAAGAACCCAAAAAACCAGCAUAUGCCGGUCUUCCCGUCGAUGACUCUUCUAGCUCGUGGAUGGAUGUCUUGGAUGAGCCCAUGAACUUCUCUGACGACGAAGAGGAACCAGUUUCUGAGCCACAAAAGGAAGAAACUAUCGUCGAAAAAGUAGUAGAAGUGAAGCCAAUUGUUAACAAUUCGGAUGUGGACGAAUCCAAGACCAUUACAACAGUUACCACCACAACAGUAACUACCGAAAACAUUAUUGAAGUUCCUAUUUCCGAGGAACCCAAGAAGGUAGUAGAACCGGAGAAGAAACCUGAAGAACCCAAAAAACCAGCAUAUGCCGGUCUUCCCGUCGAUGACUCUUCUAGCUCGUGGAUGGAUGUCCUGGAUGAACCCAUGAACUUCUCUGACGAUGAAGAGGAACCAGUUUCUGAGCCACUGAAGGAAGAAACUCUUGUGAAAGAAGUAGUCGAGGAUAAGCCCAUUGUUGAAGCUUCUGUUGUGGACGAAUCCAAGACCAUUACAACAGUUACGACCACGACAACAACUACCGAAAACAUUAUUGAAGUUCCUACUUCCGAGGAACCCAAGAAGGUAGUAGAACCGGAGAAGAAACCUGAAGAACCCAAAAAACCAGCAUAUGCCGGUCUUCCCGUCGAUGACUCUUCUAGCUCGUGGAUGGAUGUCCUGGAUGAACCCAUGAACUUCUCUGACGAUGAAGAGGAACCAGUUUCUGAGCCACAAAAGGAAGAAACUCUUGUGAAAGAAGUAGUCGAGGAUAAGCCCAUUGUUGAAGCUUCUGUUGUGGACGAAUCCAAGACCAUUACAACAGUUACGACCACGACAACAACUACCGAAAACAUUAUUGAAGUUCCUACUUCCGAGGAACCCAAGAAGGUAGUAGAACCGGAGAAGAAACCUGAAGAACCCAAAAAACCAGCAUAUGCCGGUCUUCCCGUCGAUGACUCUUCUAGCUCGUGGAUGGAUGUCUUGGAUGAGCCCAUGAACUUCUCUGACGACGAAGAGGAACCAGUUUCUGAGCCACAAAAGGAAGAAACUAUCGUCGAAAAAGUAGUAGAAGUGAAGCCAAUUGUUAACAAUUCGGAUGUGGACGAAUCCAAGACCAUUACAACAGUUACCACCACAACAGUAACUACCGAAAACAUUAUUGAAGUUCCUAUUUCCGAGGAACCCAAGAAGGUAGUAGAACCGGAGAAGAAACCUGAAGAACCCAAAAAACCAGCAUAUGCCGGUCUUCCCGUCGAUGACUCUUCUAGCUCGUGGAUGGAUGUCCUGGAUGAACCCAUGAACUUCUCUGACGAUGAAGAGGAACCAGUUUCUGAGCCACUGAAGGAAGAAACUCUUGUGAAAGAAGUAGUCGAGGAUAAGCCCAUUGUUGAAGCUUCUGUUGUGGACGAAUCCAAGACCAUUACAACAGUUACGACCACGACAACAACUACCGAAAACAUUAUUGAAGUUCCUACUUCCGAGGAACCCAAGAAGGUAGUAGAACCGGAGAAGAAACCUGAAGAACCCAAAAAACCAGCAUAUGCCGGUCUUCCCGUCGAUGACUCUUCUAGCUCGUGGAUGGAUGUCUUGGAUGAGCCCAUGAACUUCUCUGACGACGAAGAGGAACCAGUUCCUGAGCAACUUAAGGAAGAAACUCCUGUGGAAGAAGUAGUUGAGGAUAACCCAAAUGUUGAAGUUUCUGAAUCCAAGACCAUUACAACAGUCACCACCACAUCAACAACUUCCGAAACCACUAAUAUUUUGGAAGAGAAGAAUUCCCUUUCCGCGCCAGCUGAACCGCAAAUAAUAAGUAAUGUGGUAGAUGGAGUCAGUCAAUUGGAGAAGCCUCUAGAGGGGCCCAUUGAUACGUGGUCCAGCGUUUUGGAGGACACCAUUUCUAAUACUGGAAACAUUGGUUUUACCUCAACCUUAUCGGCGGACGCACCUGAGUUUACUCCAUCUUAUUUGAGACAUACCUUCUCCGACCAAACGCAUACAUUCCUUGCGAAUGAAAGGAUUUACAACGAAUUCAUUCCCAGGAAUAGGUCAGAACAAACAAUUGGGCCACACCAAAAGCCUAAGAAGGCAAAGCCUUCAAAGCGACAGAACAAGAAGGUGGAAGUCCAAGAAAAAAUUAUUGAUGUCCAACCUGCUCAAGAAAUAAGUAUUGUAGAACCAGUGCAAAUUGUCGAAGAAGUGGAGAAUGUUUGGAACAAGAACCGGGAUGGUAAAUCGUAUGCUGACGUGCUACUCAACUCUGGAGUUACAGGUGACGUCCCAUCAACUGAGUUACAAAAGGAAGACCCGCACAAAACAGCCAUAGUCAAUACUAAAGCCCAAGAGCGAAAGAAGAAAUCGAAGCCAGAGAAGCGUCAGGCAGAAAAGGUUAUUGAACUGUCCUCAGCAAGCACCGAAAGCGAAAAAUCUAAGCCGAACAGCGAUUGUGAGCAGUCUAAGCCUACGACAGAAAGUGAAUUAUCCAAACCAACGACUGAAAGUUCCAAAGAGCCGUCUUCUGAUGAAAGGGAUGUUUCCAGCACAUCCGAGUUGACAUGGUCAGCACUUGUGCGAAGACCCGGCGAAUGGUCAGAUGCAACCGUUAUUAAAAAGCAGACUUCCCAUACGGCUGUCACAACUAAAGAAACUCAUCGCCAGAAAGAAAAGGAGGAGCCCAAGAAGACCCCAAAGGCGAAGAAGACAAAGAAGUCUAAGAAGCCAGUUGUAGAGCCCGUCUCGACAACAUCUGAGGACGAGCAGCCCGAUACUGUACCCGAGGCUGUGCCCAAGGCUGUGCCCGAGACUAUGCCCGAACCAGUAGAGGCAAUGACAGCACCAGUAGAGGCAAUAACUGCACCAGUAGCGGCAAAACCGGAGCCUGAAGUUGUUCAGAAGCAAGAUAGUAGCAACGCCUUCUCCUGGGCCUCACUUGUAAAGAGACCAGGCGAAUGGAUUGACAACACUGUUACUCACAUUAAAACCGCUGUCACCCCAUUGCCUGAUGUAAAAGAACCAACCAAAAAUGACAAUAAAAAGCCACAAAAGCCUAAGAAACAGAAGGCAACCAAAAAACCAACUCCCGUUGCAGUGCCCGAAGAUGAAGUAAGCAGUGAACCGUCUGAGGAAAUAGUUGUGGAGUGUAAGGUAGAAGAGAAAGAAACUAAAUCUAUCAAAAACACAGAAAACUCCUUCUCUUGGGCGUCCCUGGUAAAGAAGCCUGGCGAAUGGGUCGAUGAUAUUGCUUCUCGUAAAAAGCCAGUUGAAAUCAUACAAGAGGAGCCUAAGGAGGUGCAUCCACGGAAAGAACGUAAAAUUUCAAAACCUAAACCAAAACCUCAGUCUGAAAACACCACCAAGCGUAAUGACAAAAAGGAAACUCCUGAGCCCAUAAUUGUUCCUUCGACUUCAGAGGAUAGUGAUGUGGUUGAGGCAGUAGAGCCUACAGAUGAAAAUACAAUUACUUGGGCUAAAAUCGCCAGUCAAAUUGAUCAUAUGGCUGACUUGAAACCAAAGGCUAAACAAGAAACAAAGCCGAAACAAGGAGAAAGGAUAAAAGAGCAAAUAAGAUCCGAUCGAAUUAAGAAACAUCCAAAAGAUCAUGCUAUAUCUACAGAUCUAAGUCAACAAAAGAACGAAGCUGGUCAUUCCUGGUCAUCUGUGGUUAGUCAUCAAGUCACUGAUUUUAUUGAAGCUGAAAGUAUGAAACCAGUUCCUAAAAAGUCAGUGAAAAAGUCGAGUGGCAAUACCCAACCAAAAAUUGCUCCAAAACUGGAGGAACCUUUGCAAGAACCCGUUCAAAAGGACGCAGAAAGUACGCCCCUAAUGUCAUGGUCUGAAAUGAUUGACGAUGGGGCAGACGACGUGGUCGUUGAACGAAAAUCGUGGAAAGAACUUAUAGAAGACGAAAUAGAAAUUCCUCUUCCUCAUGAGAAUGGAGACGAAGCCAACAUCAACAAGAUUAUUGAAACCAUACAGGAAACCAGCGAAGAAAAACCAAAUAACGAAUCCAAAACGAUUACGACAGUAAACACCACAACAGUUUCUGAGCCACUGAAGGAAGAAACUCUUGUAAAAGAAGUAGUCGAGGAUAAGCCCAUUGUUGAAGUUUCUGUUGUGGACGAAUCCAAGGCCAUUACAACAGUUACGACCACGACAACAACUACCGAAACCAUUAGCGAACUUCCUAUUUCCGAGGAACCCAAGAAGGUAGUAGAAACGGAGAAGAAACCUGAAGAACCCAAAAAAUCAGCAUAUGCCGGUCUUCCCGUCGAUGACUCUUCUAGCUCGUGGAUGGAUGUCCUGGAUGAACCCAUGAACUUCUCUGACGAUGAAGAGGAACCAGUUUCUGAGCCACUGAAGGAAGAAACUCUUGUGAAAGAAGUAGUCGAGGAUAAGCCCAUUGUUGAAGCUUCUGUAGUGGACGAAUCCAAGACCAUUACAACAGUUACGACCACGACAACAACUACCGAAACCAUUAGCGAACUUCCUAUUUCCGAGGAACCCAAGAAGGUAGUAGAAACGGAGAAGAAACCUGAAGAACCCAAAAAAUCAGCAUAUGCCGGUCUUCCCGUCGAUGACUCUUCUAGCUCGUGGAUGGAUGUCCUGGAUGAACCCAUGAACUUCUCUGACGAUGAAGAGGAACCAGUUUCUGAGCCACUGAAGGAAGAAACUCUUGUGAAAGAAGUAGUCGAGGAUAAGCCCAUUGUUGAAGCUUCUGUAGUGGACGAAUCCAAGACCAUUACAACAGUUACGACCACGACAACAACUACCGAAACCAUUAGCGAACUUCCUAUUUCCGAGGAACCCAAGAAGGUAGUAGAAACGGAGAAGAAACCUGAAGAACCCAAAAAACCAGCAUAUGCCGGUCUUCCCGUCGAUGACUCUUCUAGCUCGUGGAUGGAUGUCCUGGAUGAACCCAUGAACUUCUCUGACGAUGAAGAGGAACCAGUUUCUGAGCCACAAAAGGAAGAAACUCUUGUGAAAGAAGUAGUCGAGGAUAAGCCCAUUGUUGAAGCUUCUGUUGUGGACGAAUCCAAGACCAUUACAACAGUUACGACCACGACAACAACUACCGAAAACAUUAUUGAAGUUCCUAUUUCCGAGGAACCCAAGAAGGUAGUAGAACCGGAGAAGAAACCUGAAGAACCCAAAAAACCAGCAUAUGCCGGUCUUCCCGUCGAUGACUCUUCUAGCUCGUGGAUGGAUGUCUUGGAUGAACCCAUGAACUUCUCUGACGAUGAAGAGGAACCAGUUUCUGAGCCACUGAAGGAAGAAACUCUUGUGAAAGAAGUAGUCGAGGAUAAGCCCAUUGUUGAAACUUCUGUUGUGGACGAAUCCAAGACCAUUACAACAGUUACGACCACGACAACAACUACCGAAAACAUUAUUGAAGUUCCUACUUCCGAGGAACCCAAAAAGGUAGUAGAACCGGAGAAGAAACCUGAAGAAACCAAAAAACCAGCAUAUGCCGGUCUUCCCGUCGAUGACUCUUCUAGCUCGUGGAUGGAUGUCCUGGAUGAACCCAUGAACUUCUCUGAUGAUGAAGAGGAACCAGUUUCUGAGCCACAAAAGGAAGAAACUCUUGUGAAAGAAGUAGUCGAUGAUAAGCCCAUUGUUGAAGCUUCUGUUGUGGACGAAUCCAAGACCAUUACAACAGUUUCGACCACGACAACAACUACCGAAAACAUUAUUGAAGUUCCUAUUUCCGAGGAACCCAAGAAGGUAGUAGAACCGGAGAAGAAACCUGAAGAACCCAAAAAACCAGCAUAUGCCGGUCUUCCCGUCGAUGACUCUUCUAGCUCGUGGAUGGAUGUCCUGGAUGAACCCAUGAACUUCUCUGACGAUGAAGAGGAACCAGUUUCUGAGCCACUGAAGGAAGAAACUCUUGUGAAAGAAGUAGUCGAGGAUAAGCCCAUUGUUGAAGCUUCUGUUGUGGACGAAUCCAAGCCCAUGAACUUCUUUGACGAUGAAGAGGAACCAGUUUCUGAGCCACUGAAGGAAGAAACUCUUGUGAAAGAAGUAGUCGAGGAUAAGCCCAUUGUUGAAGCUUCUGUUGUGGACGAAUCCAAGACCAUUACAACAGUUACGACCACGACAACAACUACCGAAACCAUUAGCGAACUUCCUAUUCCCGAGGAACCCAAGAAUGUAUUAGAACCAGUGAAAUCACCUAAAGAAUACAAAGAAGUCAAACCAAAGCCAUUGUCUUCUAAUAUAUGGGAACAGCACUCGUCAUAUGCUGAUGUCUUGCGUCACACUGUGGACUUUAUAAGUUUAGAAAAGAAUAAUGUAGAAGUCCGAACUGAAUCCAAUUUAGGUAAAGUGCAAACAGUAAAACAGCCUGCUAAACUUCCAGAACCUUUGAUUAAAUCAAAGGCUAAGAAAGAAAAACCGUUUAAGAAGGAAAAGGAAGCUAAAAUUUUGACGCCUAAAGAAGAAAUUAUACCAAUCGAAAGUGAAUCAGCUAAAGAUGAAACAAAAACUUCGUGGUCAACAAUGGUCAAUAACGAUUUUGAUGAAAACGUUCAAACAAACACACUCAGUUCCGAUAGCACUUUGUGGUCUUCAAUUCUCCGACAAGGUGUCCAGGAACCUAUUACAAAACUGACAAAAUCUGCCGACCUUGAUGUUAAAGUGGUAGAACCUACAUUCCAGAACUCGCAAGAAAUAAACAAAUUCAUUUCACACGAAAGGAGCUCCGAAGUGGUUGAAAAGACAAAGAAACAAAAAUCAAAGAAGGAAAAGAAACACAAUAAGAUGGAAUCAGUGGGUGAAGUGGGUUUAGAACCAUACGUUGAUAGUACUAUCAUGCGCGAUGAUCCUAAAACACAGCAAGAUGCACAAAUUCUGUCCGUUGUGGAAACUUUACCAAUUCAACCCAUGUCUUGGUCAUCUAUCGUCUCACAGAACAUGGAUGUCACCACAAAUGUAACAGAGACUCGAAACACUGCUAAGCCUGAAGAUAAGAAGUCCUUAGAAGACAAACCGACCAAACAAAAAACAAAGAAUGAAAAGAAAUCUAAGAUAGUGUCAGCUCCAGAGCCCAUUGUAGAGUCUACAGUUCCUGAGGCCGUUGUUGAACCCACUGUUGAAGUGACUUUUGUUGACGAACCAGUUGUUGAGGUGACCACAGUUGUUGAAGAAGUAUCGCCCGAGCCACAACCAGAACCCACUCCAGUAAGUGAGGUGUCCCCAUCGCAGCCACUAUCAUGGUCGUCUAUCGUUUCUCAAUCCACGGAAGUUACGACAAAUGUAACAGAGACUCGCUUCACGGAAGAACCUGAAGAUAAGAAACCCUUAGAAGAAAAACCGAAAAAACAAAAAGCGAAGAAGGAAAAGAAAUCCAAGGUGGUUUUGGAUCCAGAGCCCAUUGUAGAGUCUGCAGUUCCUGAGGCCGUUGUUGAACCCACUGUUGAAGUGACUUUUGUUGAGGAACCAGUUGUUGAGGUGACCACAGUUGUUGAAGAAGUAUCGCCCGAGCCACAACCAGAACCCACUCCAGUAAGUGAGGUGUCCCCAUCGCAGCCACUAUCAUGGUCGUCUAUCGUUUCUCAAUCCACGGAAGUUACGACAAAUGUAACAGAGACUCGCUUCACGGAAGAACCUGAAGAUAAGAAACCCUUAGAAGAAAAACCGAAAAAACAAAAAGCGAAGAAGGAAAAGAAAUCCAAGGUGGUUUUGGAUCCAGAGCCCAUUGUAGAGUCUGCAGUUCCUGAGGCCGUUGUUGAACCCACUGUUGAAGUGACUUUUGUUGAGGAACCAGUUGUUGAGGUGACCACAGUUGUUGAAGAAGUAACGCCCGAGACACAACCAGAACCCACUCCAGUUAGUGAGGUCGCCCCAUCGCAACCACUAUCAUGGUCGUCUAUCGUUUCUCAAACCACUGAAGUUACGACAAAUGUAACAGAGACUCGCUUCACGGAAGAACCUGUGGAUAAGAAACCCUUAGAAGAAAAACCGAAAAAACAAAAAGCGAAGAAGGAAAAGAAAUCCAAGGUGGUUUUGGAUCCAGAGCCCAUUGUAGAGUCUGCAGUUCCUGAGGCCGUUGUUGAACCCACUGUUGAAGUGACUUUUGUUGAGGAACCAGUUGUUGAGGUGACCACAGUUGUUGAAGAAGUAACGCCCGAGACACAACCAGAACCCACUCCAGUUAGUGAGGUCGCCCCAUCGCAACCACUAUCAUGGUCGUCUAUCGUUUCUCAAUCCACGGAAGUUACGACAAAUGUAACAGAGACUCGCUUCACGGAAGAACCUGAAAAUAAGAAGCCCUUAGAAGAAAAACCGAAAAAACAAAAAGCGAAGAAGGAAAAGAAAUCCAAGGUGGUUUUGGAUCCAGAGCCCAUUGUAGAGUCUGCAGUUCCUGAGGCCGUUGUUGAACCCACUGUUGAAGUGACUUUUGUUGAGAAACCAGUGGUUGAGGUGACCACAGUUGUUCAAGAAGUAACACCCGAGCCACAACCAGAACCCACUCCAUUUAGUGAGGUGGCCCCAUCGCAACCACUAUCAUGGUCGUCUAUCGUUUCUCAAUCCACGGAAGCUACCACAAGUGUAACAGAGACCAGCUUGACUGAAGAACCUAAAGAGCAGAAACCUUUAGAAGAAAAACCAACCAAACCAAAAGCAAAGAAGGAAAAGAAAUCGAAGAUAGUGGCAGCUCGAGAGCCAAUUGUUGAAUCUGCAGUUCCUGAAGCCGUUAUUGAACCCACUGUUGAAGUGACUUUUGUUGAGAAACCAGUGGUUGAGGUGACCACAGUUGUUCAAGAAGUAACACCCGAGCCACAACCAGAACCCACUCCAGUUAGUGAGGUGGCCCCAUCGCAACCACUAUCAUGGUCGUCUAUCGUUUCUCAAACCACUGAAGUUACGACAAAUGUAACAGAGACUCGCUUCACGGAAGAACCUGUGGAUAAGAAACCCUUAGAAGAAAAACCGAAAAAACAAAAAGCGAAGAAGGAAAAGAAAUCCAAGGUGGUUUUGGAUCCAGAGCCCAUUGUAGAGUCUGCAGUUCCUGAGGCCGUUGUUGAACCCACUGUUGAAGUGACUUUUGUUGAGGAACCAGUGGUUGAGGUGACCACAGUUGUUGAAGAAGUAACGCCCGAGCCACAACCAGAACCCACUCCAGUUAGUGAGGUGGCCCCAUCGCAACCACUAUCAUGGUCGUCUAUCGUUUCUCAAUCCACGGAAGCAACCACAAGUGUAACAGAGACCAGCUUGACUGAAGAACCUAAAGAGCAGAAACCUUUAGAAGAAAAACCAACCAAACCAAAAGCAAAGAAGGAAAAGAAAUCGAAGAUAGUGGCAGCUCGAGAGCCAAUUGUUGAAUCUGCAGUUCCUGAAGCCGUUAUUGAACCCACUGUUGAAGUGACUUUUGUUGAGGAACCAGUGGUUGAGGUGACCACAGUUGUUGAAGAAGUAACGCCCGAGCCACAACCAGAACCCACUCCAGUUAGUGAGGUCGCCCCAUCGCAACCACUAUCAUGGUCGUCUAUCGUUUCUCAAUCCACGGAAGUUACGACAAAUGUAACAGAGACUCGCUUCACGGAAGAACCUGUGGAUAAGAAACCCUUCGAAGAAAAACCGAAAAAACAAAAAGCGAAGCAGGAAAAGAAAUCUAAGGUGGGUUUGGAUCAAGAGCCCAUCGUAGAGUCUGCAGUUCCUGAGGCCGUUGUUGAACCCGCUGUUGAAGUGACUUUUGUUGAGGAACCAGUGGUUGAGGUGACCACAGUUGUUGAAGAAGUAACGCCCGAGCCACAACCAGAACCCACUCCAGUUAGUGAGGUGGCCCCAUCGCAACCACUAUCAUGGUCGUCUAUCGUUUCUCAAUCCACGGAAGCAACCACAAGUGUAACAGAGACCAGCUUGACUGAAGAACCUAAAGAGCAGAAACCUUUAGAAGAAAAACCAACCAAACCAAAAGCAAAGAAGGAAAAGAAAUCGAAGAUAGUGGCAGCUCGAAAGCCAAUUGUUGAAUCUGCAGUUCCUGAAGCCGUUAUUGAACCCACUGUUGAAGUGACUUUUGUUGAGGAACCAGUGGUUGAGGUGACCACAGUUGUUGAAGAAGUAACGCCCGAGCCACAACCAGAACCCACUCCAGUUAGUGAGGUGGCCCCAUCGCAACCACUAUCAUGGUCGUCUAUCGUUUCUCAAUCCACGGAAGCUACCACAAGUGUAACAGAGACCAGCUUGACUGAAGAACCUAAAGAGCAGAAACCUUUAGAAGAAAAACCAACCAAACCAAAAGCAAAGAAGGAAAAGAAAUCUAAGGCAGUGCCAGCUUCAGAGCCCAUCAUAGAGUCUGCAGUUCCUGAGGCCGUUGUUGAACCCGCUGUUGAAGUGACUUUUGUUGAGGAACCAGUUGUUGAGGUGACCAAAGUUGUUGAAGAAGUAACGCCCGAGCCACAACCAGAACCCACUCCAGUUAGUGAGGUGGCCCCAUCGCAACCACUAUCAUGGUCGUCUAUCGUUUCUCAAUCCACGGAAGCAACCACAAGUGUAACAGAGACCAGCUUGACUGAAGAACCUAAAGAGCAGAAACCUUUAGAAGAAAAACCAACCAAACCAAAAGCAAAGAAGGAAAAGAAAUCUAAGGUAGUACCAGCUUCGGAGUCCAUUGUUGAGUCUGCAGUUCCUGAAGCCAUUAUUGAACCCACUGUUGAAAUGACUUUUGUUGAGGAACCAGUUGUUGAGGUGACCACAGUUGUUGAAGAAGUAACGCCCGAGCCACAACCAGAACCCACUCCAGUUAGUGAGGUGGCCCCAUCGCAACCACUAUCAUGGUCGACUAUCGUUUCUCAAACCACGGAAGUUACGACAAGUGUAAGAGAGACCAGCUUGACUGAAGAACCUAAAGAGCAGAAACCUUUAGAAAAAAAAUCAAGCAAACCAAAAGCAAAGAAGGAAAAGAAAUCUAAGGUAGCUUCAGAGCCUAUCGUAGAGUCUGCAGUUCCUGAGGCCGUUGUUGAACCCACUGUUGAAGUGACUUUUGUUGAGGAACCAGUGGUUGAGGUGACCACAGUUAUUGAAGAAGUAACGCCGGAGCCACAACCAGAACCCACUCCCGUUAGUGAGGUGGUCCCAUCGCAACCACUAUCAUGGUCGUCUAUUGUCUCUCAAACUACUGAAGAUGUAGCAGAGGCUCCUAGCACUGAUGAAGUUGAAGAUCAGAAACCUUUAAUUGAAAAACCGAAAAAACUUAAGGCAAGGAAGGAAAAGAAAUCCAAGGUUCAAAGUGUUGAAGAGUCAAUUGUGGUGUCUGAUGUUCCAGUGUCCGUUGUUGAACCGAUUAUUGGAUUUACCACUGUUCAAAAGGAUGUAGCACCAAUAACUGAAUCGCAUACGUUUUCCUGGUCGUCUAUUGUUGCUCAGUCUGUUGAGGUUCCACCAACACUUCCGCAGCAUGUGGAAUCAAAAUCGGUCGAAAUUCAAAACUUUAUCGACCAUGAGCAGAAUCACUCUACGGUUGUGAAUGAUUCAGUCAAAAAGCUGAAACCUAAAAAGGAAAAGAAAAUAGUGCAGCCUAUUCAACAGCCAACCGGUGAAACCGUUCCUGUCCGAAAAGAUCACAUGCGAGAAGGAGUAACUAACGCAGUUCCUGAGCCACAAACUUUGUCUUGGUCGUCAAUCGUUUCGCAUAACAUCGAUUUGACGCCAACGUUUACUGAAAAUCGUGUUAUAGAAACCGUCGAUGGGAUCAAUCCCGAUGACAGCAGUUAUCAAGAAGGUGCACAUCCCACUCAUGUUGAUGAAAAGACACAAAAGCCCAAAAACGACAAAAAACGAGAUCAUAAUAUUGAAAGUUCUGUUGUCAACGAAGAGAUUCCCGAAACUGAACGCGUAGCUGUGUCUUUAACUCCUGAAUUCAACAUUCAGUUGCCGGCACCAACAAAACCAUCAGUAUGGUCAUCAUCAGACACCUAUGCCGAAGUUGUUAAGAAGUCUGGUUACAACAACAAUACAAACAUUAAAUAUCAGAAAAUUGUGGCAAGGGAACCCAUCAAGAGUGAACCAAAACACACUUUUGUCGAAAUACAGGCACAUGAAGAUCUUCUGGAGUUCCCGGACCCUAUCAUUCCUGCAAUUGAAGGAGAUGAAGCACUUGAGAAACCCUCUCAGCUAUCGUGGAAAGACCUUGUAGAUGAGGAUGAUGUGGAGCCGCUGGAGUCUUGGCAUAAGGAAGAAACAGAUGCUGUAGAAAUAAAGACACAAAAACCAAUACAAGAGAGACAUUCCCGAGUUAGCGUAAAACCGAAAAUUAAAAUAACCGAGGUAGUCACUGAAACUCAACCGCAAUCCCAGACUGACCAAGAAUUCUUGGAAAUUACAUCAAAUAAACGAAAUCGGUCACGGUCACGUUCGCAACAGUCACAGGCAUCGAACUUUGAGGAAAAGCCUCUAAACAAAAAACCAAAGAAGCCGAAAAAUAAUGUACCUAAAGCACCAGCUCAACAGCCUACGGAAGCUUCUGAGGAUGUCCAGCCACCUAAGGAAACUGUACUAUUUGUGGAAGAACCGUCUCCACCACCAGCUCCUUCUCCUUAUACCUCUGGUAUGUCAUGGGCUGCUAUAGCCGCCCACAAUGUGCCAGAACCAGUUCAACAUAUUCGACCCCUUCAAGUUGAGUCCAAACCAACUGUCGUUGAAGAUGCAAGGAAAUCAACAAAUGAGCACACAGUAAACAUUCCAAUCACUUUUGAAACUACUGAGCCAAAGACUAAAAAGCCAAAGCCAAAGUCUAAACGAAAGUUGCCAAGCGAUGUGGUUGAUUUCAUUAAUGCAGAAAAAUCAGUUCAUCAAGUGAUUGCUUCUAAACCUGAAAUAGUUGCAGAACCUGCAUCUGAAGUAGCUGAAGACGUCAACAAUACUUUAACGUCAAUGGAAAUAAAAACUCCACUUGCUCCCUUUGAAUUUGUGGUCGAGUCUGAAGUUGAACCAGUAUCUGAGUCACAUAUGGAAGAACUCCUUGUUGAAAAGGUUUUAAAGACGGAGCCAAUUUCUGAAUCUACGGCGGUGGACGAAUCCAAGACUAUUACAACAGUAACCACAACAACAACUACCAAAACCACUAGCGAUGUUUCUUUUCCCGAGGAACCCAAGAAGGUAGUAGAACCGGAGAAAAAACCUGAAGAGCCCAAAAAACCAGCAUAUGCCGGUCUUCCCGUCGAUGACUCUUCGAACUCGUGGAUGGAUGUCCUGGACGAACCUAUUAACUUCUCUGACGACGAAGAGGAACCAGUUCCUGAGCCACAAAAGGAAGAAACUAUCGUCGAAAAAGUAGUAGAAGUUAAGCCAAUUGUUGACAAUUCGGUUGUGGACGAAUCCAAGACCAUUACAACAGUUACCAACACGACAACAACUACCGAAACCAUUAGCGAACUUGCUAUUCCCGAGGAACCCAAGAAGGUAGUAGAACCGGAGAAGAAACCUGAAGAACCCAAAAAACCAGCAUAUGCCGGUCUUCCCGUCGAUGACUCUUCGAACUCGUGGAUGGAUGUCUUGGACGAACCUAUGAACUUCUCUGACGACGAAGAGGAACCAGUUCCUGAGCCACAAAAGGAAGAAACUAUCGUCGAAAAAGUAGUAGAAGUUAAGCCAAUUGUUGACAAUUCGGUUGUGGACGAAUCCAAGACCAUUACAACAGUUACCACCACGACAACAACUACCGAAACCAUUAGCGAACUUGCUAUUCCCGAGGAACCCAAGAAGGUAGUAGAACCGGAGAAGAAACCUGAAGAACCCAAAAAACCAGCAUAUGCCGGUCUUCCCGUCGAUGACUCUUCGAACUCGUGGAUGGAUGUCUUGGACGAACCUAUGAACUUCUCUGACGACGAAAAGGAACCAGUUCCUGAGCCACAAAAGGAAGAAACUAUCGUCGAAAAAGUAGUAGAAGUUAAGCCAAUUGUUGACAAUUCGGUUGUGGACGAAUCCAAGACCAUUACAACAGUUACCAACACGACAACAACUACCGAAACCAUUAGCGAACUUGCUAUUCCCGAGGAACCCAAGAAGGUAGUAGAACCGGAGAAGGAACCUGAAGAACCCAAAAAACCAGCAUAUGCCGGUCUUCCCGUCGAUGACUCUUCGAACUCGUGGAUGGAUGUCUUGGACGAACCUAUGAACUUCUCUGACGACGAAGAGGAACCAGUUCCUGAGCCACAAAAGGAAGAAACUAUCGUCGAAAAAGUAGUAGAAGUUAAGCCAAUUGUUGACAAUUCGGUUGUGGACGAAUCCAAGACCAUUACAACAGUUACCACCACGACAACAACUACCGAAACCAUUAGCGAACUUGCUAUUCCCGAGGAACCCAAGAAGGUAGUAGAACCGGAGAAGAAACCUGAAGAACCCAAAAAACCAGCAUAUGCCGGUCUUCCCGUCGAUGACUCUUCGAACUCGUGGAUGGAUGUCUUGGACGAACCUAUGAACUUCUCUGACGACGAAGAGGAACCAGUUCCUGAGCCACAAAAGGAAGAAACUAUCGUCGAAAAAGUAGUAGAAGUUAAGCCAAUUGUUGACAAUUCGGUUGUGGACGAAUCCAAGACCAUUACAACAGUUACCACCACGACAACAACUACCGAAACCAUUAGCGAAGAACCAAAGAAGGUCGAACAGACAUUCCUCAAAGUUGACGAACCAAAGAAACCAGCAUAUGCCGGUCUGCCGGUUGAUGCCUCUUCAAGCUCUUGGAUGGAUGUCUUGGAUGAGCCCAUGAACUUCUCCGACAGUGAAGAAGAACCCGUACCAGAGUCACAAACUGAAGUAACACCCUUGGCACCAUUUAAGGAUGUAGCGAAAAAAAUCACUCAGAUUGUAGAUGCUGUUGAUAAGGUUCAAAAACCAGUCAAAACAGUUAAUAUAUCUAUUGACUCUGAAUAUACUCAAGCCGAGAAUACUCCCCUGGCGCCCUUCAAAGAAAUUCCUGACUCUCCUUCAGACGAUGCGUUUAUAUGUGAGACAUCCUACUGGUCAGCAACUCUCAAGCCGGGUCAAAAACCUGCGGCCACAGUUGAAACAACCGAGACCAAGCCAGAAGAAAGCCAACCCAUUAAUGUAAAUAUUCCAGACGAUGAAGCCAUUGACGAAGUAGCGGUAAAGUCACCCACUGAUCAGCCAACAACAUGGUCGGCAAUUGUCCAAACCGAGGCAACUGUGUUCCCAACACCAGAUGUACAAAAGGACAAUGAAAAGACUCCUGAUUGGUCUACUCAUGUUGUGAGCAAAACAACCGACUUCCAGGAGCCAAAGCCUGUGAAGAAUUCCGAAAACAUAACAACAACGACAACAACAUAUGUGACCACAACGGUGACCACACAUAAGGAUACACCUAUCGUGGAGAAUGAAUCCCCACCAACAUCUUAUGUGUCCACUGUGGUUACCAGCCAUAAAAAUGAACUGGAUUUGGAACCAGAAACUUUUGAACUAACUAAGCCGGAUAACCUUAUUGAGAAUCUUCAUCGCGAGUCAUUCAAAGUGCAUCCCCAAUACGAAUUCUUGCAGGGACAAUACCAGCAACUGAAGCUGGUAAAUAUAACGAAAAAACCGUGUUUAGAGGAACCCAAAGAAGAUGUUCCUUUGGUAGAAGAUUACGUGAUAAUUGAACCCGAAGCGAUACCUGAAAUCAAUUCCGAAAUCCUUGCACUUAAUCUUUAUCUUGACCAAACCUAUAUAUUGCCCAAGUCUCGUAUAGAUGUCGACAACAUUAGCCAGUUUCUCACCCUUGAAAAGUCAUCUGAUCCUAUUGUAGAAAAAGAACCCGUCCCGGUGGAAACUAAGAGUGUAGAAAUUCUUGUCGAGAAAUCCAUUGUAGAAUCGCCUAUUGAACCCAUAGCUGAUGAAUCCCUCCUGGUCAUUGAAACACCUCAAUCCCCAGCAGAACCCAGUGAACUGCCCUGGAACCUCAGUCAGGAUGAUUUCCUCAAACUUAUCAAUCACUAUAAGCAAACGGCAAGCGAUGCAUUCGCAUUGUUGCCAAGGACAAACAUAGACACGACGAAAGCUCAGGAAACUCAAGACGAUAAGCAAAAGACUGACGGCAUUACAGAAACUGUAGUGACAACCACGACGACCACGAUAACCGAUCGCGUUGUAGAAAAGACUGAACCAGAUGCAUCGUCAUUACCAAUCAUUCCUACCGCCCAGCCAUUGACGGCACCAUCACUUGGCAACCUCGAUCAGUUGCGUCUGAAUCUGUAUCUGGACGAUUGGCAGCCAGCUAGUGUCGAUGCACAUUUGGCCAACGAUUUGUUCGACGGACUGAAACGUGCUGAUGUCGUCAGUAGCGAAGCGGAACUCGACAAAGACAAGAACCAGGAGCAACAACCUGACGGCGAUUCUAAAAAGCCAGAUGGUGUUACUGGAAUACCAGACAAGGACGAACAUGACAGUGACGAUGAUGACGACGACGACGACGAUGACGAAGAGGGAGGUAAGCCGACUGUGCCAGAAAUUCGCAAGCCGAACGACGACGAUGAUAAACCGAACGGCAAGGAUCCUGGUAGCGGUAGUAGUGGUAAUGUGACCCCCACGCCCGAGCACGAUGCCCAGUACGGUCAGAACCGUAGCUGUUCAUCGGAGUAUAGGUCCACCGAUCUACCGGGUGGUGUGGGUCAUUGGCGUGACGACAGUACUUAUCUGGCUCUAGAAGCCGAACAGCCUCAGGUUAAACUAGAAAGUGUACCACUGGCACCCACUAUAUCGGGUGUUGAAUCUGUACUAACCGAAACUAAUACCACAUGUCCCGCUCCCGCCCACGACCCCGUCUCAGCCCCUGAAACCAGUCCCAGUACAACUACUAGUUCCCUAAACGUUGCAAACGCACUAAUCCAAUUGGCAAGCGCCACAACUCACACGCUGUCCGCCAAGGCGAACGCAGCAGCAACAGCAACACAUGCAGCAGCGCUGGCAGCAACCAGUGCUAUACUUCCGGUUGCAACGGCCGUAGUCGAUAAGCUAACAACGACAACAACAGCAGCAGCGGAGACACCAGCAGCAACAUCGGAUGUUGCUGCCGUAGAGCCCGAUGUUGCACGUGCAACACCGGCAGCAGCAACAGUAGCAGAAGCAGCAGCAGCAGAAAUACCUUCGGCAGCAACUCACACCGAAACGACAACAACUAGCAGCAGCGGUGGAGAGGAGGUGGCAUUGCCCACCGAAAAUACCGGUGUGGUACGACGCACCACAACAACAACCACAACCGUAACGACAACAACCACAGUUGAAACGCCAUCGACAAUUAGCAACACAACGAAAACGACAACAACCACAAGCAGCAACGAACUGCCAGAACAACGCCAGAAGGAUCUAAUUACGCAAGAGCUCGACGAACUGCUCCAAUCGCUUUCGAGCGUCGAGGAUGGCAUCGCCAACAUGAACCAGAGCAGCCUGGAUGGCAUGCUACAUGGAUUGAAGCUAAUCCAGAGCAAUCUCGAAGUACACGAAAGGGACGCCAUCGAGUUAAAGAAGCAGGCAAAGACAUUACCCACGGAUCCGGCUACCGAACGGUUGCUCAACGACACCGUGGACCGUAUUGACUUACUACUACGCCGCACUCAGCAAGGCAUCACCAUGAUAGCGAAUGCUAUGCAUGGCCAGAAGAAGCGCCAGCAGGAGAUCGACGAGUACCAGCAACAUCUGCUGGAGCUGGAGCAAUGGAUCAUCGAGGUUUCCGCCGAGCUGGCUUCCUUUGAACCCACCUCGGACAGCAGCACAGAUGAGCAGGUGCUCAAAUCGCAGGUGGAGAGGAGCCAGCAAUUGCUGCGCACCCUCAAGGAUCGCCAGCAGUCCAUGGAGGAUUUGGUGGAGCAGACGCGCCAACUGCAAUCCCAUCCCGAUGUUUCUCCCUUGGCUGACACGCUGAUGGAGCAGCUGCAGAGCAUCAUUACCAUUCUGCGGGAACAGGUCACAGUGGCCACCAAGCGCAUCUUUACCAUUGAAAAGCGCAUCGUGGAUUUGCGAAAGGCCAAGAGCGAUGAGGCGCAACGCCAGCGUGUGCUUGCUGAUUCACUCAUCAAGCCACCAACCGAAGCGCCAGUGAGUCCAGAGGCGCAUGAAUCCAUCGAGUCCAACGAGAACACCAUCGACUCAAGCUCCAUGCCCGAAGAGGAGAUCAAACCAACUGGAGUGUAUGUGGAGACGCAGACAUCGCUCAGCCUGCAGCAGCCACAAGUUCAGGUGGUGACCACCACGACUGUGGAGGCGCAGACUAGCUUCAAGGAGCCGGCUGUAGAAACCGCAGAGGUGGCUCUACAAACCCAAAAGGAACGUUCGCCCACCGAGAACAUUAUGGUAACACAAACGGUGCAGCAUGGCCAGGAAACGAUCCAGAUCGACACGACUCGCAACAAGGAUGUGCCCGAUGAACCCGAAGAUGUCCAGAUUGAGGCUCGCUACCAUCAACGUCCCAAGGGCGAUGUGGACCGCGCUACCGAGCUGAUCCUUAAAAAUGUACCUCAAGCAUUCGAAACCACUUUCGUGGAGCCAGAUGAGACGACCACCGAAGUGGUUGUUGGACCCGAUGGCACCAAGCACAUAGUGCUCAAGAAAGUAACCCGUACCCGCCAGCAAGUUGUACAGCAGCAGCAGAUCAGCUCAAUUGAGACUAUUAGCGAUUCGGAUGGUAACAUCGAGGUUCACUCCACGGGUCAGAUUAAUCUGGAGAAUGUGCACACCACGGACACCAAAGCUGAUCCCGAGGAGGGCAGUGUCCACACAGUUAUCACACAGCAAACGCGUGGUGCUGUUGUGGAUUCAACUCAGCCCGAGGGUGUGAUCCUGCAGGAAUUCGAAACCGAGCCAACUAUUGAGACGUACGAAGAAGUGAUUGCCCCAGGCUCCCAGGCGCAACUGAUUCCCAUGCAGCCAGGAGAUGUGCAAACGCAAGGCACCAUCCGAGCAGUAGUUCAGCAAGUGACCCGUAAGGUGAUCCGCAAGACGCGCAAGAUAAUCAAGCGAGUGGUGAUCAUCGACGGAAAGGAGCACAUCACUGAGGAAGUGGUCGAGGAGCCAGAGGAAGUGGAAAUCACCGAGGAGGAGACAGCACCGCACAUCAACGUAAAUAUAGUGCGAACCGUUGACGGCAAGGUGGUGAGCGAGGAGGAGUUCCAGCGAAUGAUGCAGGAGCCCGGAGUUCUAAUCGAAGAAGUUGCCACGGAUCUGCACAAGCCGAGCGCAGAGCCGCAGCAAGAGGUAUUUGAUAUUGAGUCUACCACCACCACCACAAGAACUACAACCGUAACCACACAAGAACAAGAACAGCCAGAACAACAGACACAACCAACAACAGAAACGACUAAAGAAGCACCAGUAGAGUUGCCAGCACCUCAAGUAGAUGUUGAACAACCCGUAGUAGUUGCCACUACCAGUCCCGUUCAUGUUCCAACAGCGGAUGUAGUCGAGCCCAAGGACUCCUCACCGACAUCCGCUACCGCAGCUGUAGUAGAUGUCGAAGCAGUGGUUGAAGAUAUCAACGAGAUUUGGCCACUGGAACAUCACCUGAAACCCACCAACAUUGACUUCUCCCAGCACGUCGAAGAAUUGGCAGCACCAGCAGCGGCCACAGCCGAGACUGAAGCAUCCAUGCCAGUAGAGGAAAUUUGGCCGACAAGUCCAGAAACCGGAAACUCAUUGACCCUGGAGCAGUACCAGUUUGAGCCACAAUCACCUCAUGAAGAGACCACAAAAUCUGAUCUAGUUAAGCCCCACGAGACUGAACCGCAAGCUGUGGCUGAAACUAAGCCAGAAGCCAUUACCACUGGAAGUAUUACCAUUACCAAAACUACAACCACCAUCACAAGCUCCACAGAAGUACCGGAGGAAAAUCUUGCCGAUGAACAACAGCCUCCUGCAAACAAAAUCAAGACUGACAUUCAAAGUUUUCUUGAAGCCGAACAGACUUUGGCUGCAGCUCUAAGGGAGCAGUCUUCAACUCCGACUGUAGCUUCAGUUGCUGAAGAUGUUCAGACUCAUCCUGAGGAAAUUGUUCUUGAGGAGAGGACUGUUGAAAUUUCAACCAUCAAGACUGAAGAGAAUCAACAAGAGCCAGUUACAGUGGAAGAAGUGAAAUCACUCCCUGUAGAACCUGAACCAGUUGAACCAGAGCUGGAGGAAGUGGCCAUUGAAAUUGUUGAGCAGACUGAGCAAAAGCCAGAAGAGCCCGUUCUUGAGAAACAACCAGCUCCUGGCCAAAUCGACCUGCGUGCCGCCACUCAACUCAUCAUCUCUGGUGAGGCCGCAGCUUCAACGGCUCCACAGAAAACCUUCCAAAUCACAGCACCCUCUCUGGAGGACAAUGGUGCUGGUGUGCUGAAAGUUGUCCUGGGCAAGGAAAGCACCAACGAAGAGGAUACCGCAGCUCCGACUACCGGCAAGGUUAGCAUGACCAUCAUUGAGACCGCUGCUGCUCCCGUCGCCGACGCCAAGCGGCGUCGAAAGAAAAAGAAGAGAAGAGAUACAAAACACGAGGAGGAGCUUGAGCAAGAACAAGAAACUGAGCCGGAACCAGUUGCCGUUAAGGAGCCUGAGGUGAGCUCUGAUGUGCCCGUUUCUCCGGAGGAUUCACCACGCGAUACCGUUCGUCAUGAGUCCAUUGUUGAGAUUAGUCCCGAUAGCGAUUUGUCCAGCAUUGAGAUUGACACGAAAGUGAAGAUUGUGGAAGAUGCCGUUGUUUCUUCACCAUCGGAGUCGCCACGAACGCCAAUGGUUGAGCUGGUCAUUCCCACUGAGGUUGUUGAGUUAGCUUUGGUCGAGGAUGAGGAACAGCAGACCACACCGCGUAUUCCCUCGCCCACGGAAAAAUCGGAAGUCGAACAGGAUAUUAAAUCCGUGCAGACUUCACCACAGCAUCAACCCAAACUGGAUGAAACUGCAGUGCAGACGAGUCUGGAGGUGCAGCCGGAUAACCAGGAGAAUGAAUCGCAAACACUGAUUGUUGAGAUAACGGAGACUGAAGCACAAACCACUCCGCGAAGCGAGGAGCAGCCGGUGGCUGUUGAGAUUUCCACUACUGAGAUUCAAACCGAUGUGAGUGGCCAGCCAGCUGAAACUGUAGAGAUUUCCAGCCAAACUACCGUGACCACGACCAUCGAAAAGGAACUGCAGACCACGCCGAAGGAUUCUCCUCGAGCACCACAGGCAGGCAGCAGUGACGUGGUGGAAUCUCUGGUGCAGGAUUUGGUUAAGGAUAUGACUACCGAUCUGCCAGUGCGUACAAGCGAACAAUCUACCGUGACUGAAACCACCACAACCACUGAGACCCAUGUGCAGACAACCACUCCGGAGCCAAGGGAACAAACUGAAGUCAUUAAACCGGAAACUGCCCAUGAAGAAACCUCAACCGUUGAACUUGUGCAGUUCGCGGAUGGUGAAAUGCAAACCACGCCUCCUGUAGAUCAGCAACCCGCAUCUUUGGAUGAUAGUUCUCUGACUGCCACUUCGAUAUCCGUUUCGGAACCCUAUGAACUGGAGGUCAAGACCACGGUUGCCAUUCCCGCUGAUUCUGAUACAUCUGUGGCUGAGCCAACGGUCUAUGAAUACACACAGACCAUGCAGCUGCCUAAGCAGGAGAAGAAAUCCAAGAAGGACAAGAAAAAGAAGCAGAAAAAUGUGCCUGAAGUGGAGCAGCAGCUGCCAGAGGAUCAACAGAUCAGUGUGACCGUUGAAAUCGCACCAGAGUUACUAUCUGAGUCCGGCAUUGUGGUAUCCACCAACCAGCAGAUUGAAGAUGUGCUUCAUGUAACACCCGUGGUGGAAACUCCCAUCGAAUCCGAAGAAGUGGAAACGCCCAAAGCUCAAAGAGUGCAACUUCAAAUCACCAAGACCACUGUUUACGAUGAGUAUCCCGAUCUGCCAGUGCAUAUAACUGAGCAGAACAAGGUGCUGAUUGCGUCCCAGCAGAGCAAGCGAUCCGGAGCAGGACCCACAUCCUCAGCGGUGACCAUCGAAGAGGUGGGCUCACCCACGGAGGAGCUGGUAGUGCCCAUCACCCCGGGACCGGACAAUCUGAGUGGCGAGACCCACAACAUCUGGUUCAGUGCCACCACCAGUGUGGAUAAGACACCCAUUGAGCUCUCCCAGGCUUUAAUUAUGAGCGAGAGUUUGCAGCACUAUCCAGGACAACAGCAACUGACCCAGCAGCCAAUCCUGAUUUCCACCAAGGAGGCCAUCGGCGACCGCAUCAAGCAGCUCAAGCAGGCGACGCCCCAACAAGCCACUCCACUGAGUAAUGUGCUCCACUUGGCCACCUUAUCUGAACAGAUUAAGGAACUGCCCACCGAGCAACGCAUAUUGGAGGUCAACGAAGGUCUCAAGGAUCUCGAUGUUGCCAUUAAGAAUGGUGACAAGACUGUGAUUCAAACCACCGUGAUCACGGUUAUCGAGAAGGUAUCAACUUGGUUGGAAACCAUCGAGUAUCGCGUGUACCUCAUCAGACAGAACUCAAAUGAGGGACCCUCCGAAGAGAAACUGGAUAACUAUAACAAACUCAAUGACGAGCUUAGCACUAUCAAGCAAAAUGUCGUUCAACUUGAGCGACAAUUGUCCAAGGCUGAGCCGGAACCAGAGUUGCUGCAAUGCGUGGAUAGCCUGAAGGAGCAUGUCGAUGCAGUGGAGCAGGUUACACAACAGAACCAGGUGCAGGACAGCAACGAUCUGGACAAGUGGCACAGCUUCGAGGUUCUUCUGUACAACGUCUCCUCUGUCUUGGCCGACCUGCAGCAGAGCUACGAUCUUUUGAUUAAUCAAGAGUAUCCUUUGUCCGCUAAACUGGCCCAGUUGGAUGAGUUGGAGCAGCAGCAUGAGGCGGCGCAGCAGCAACUUGCGCAGCUCUGUCAAAACGCUCGAGCUUUCCAACGCGAUUUCCCAGGCAAGAAGAUGCCGCAGGAUGUGCACAAUGCCUUCGAGACCAGCAAGAAUAUUGCCAACAACAUUCAGGCAGAGCGGGAGCGUGUGCUUCAACUUCAAUCUCUAGCGGAGGAGUACGAGCAGACCCUCAAAGAGUUCACUAAAAUCACGGUUCUUGCUGACAAGCUGGUGGAAAGUCCAAUUGUAUCCAGUUCCCUCGAGCAGCUAAACAACGAGGUGCAGAAACAGAGGAAGUUCUUCGUAAAUCUCAGCCACUGUCGCGCCAUGCUGGAAUCCCUGGAGGAGAACAUCGAUAGUGAGACCCGCGAGAAGCACUCGGAGUUGCACAAGGAGCUCUACAACAGGGCUACCAGUCUGCUGGACAAGGCAUCCGAAAGGUCCUCCAAAUUGGUGCAAGCUGCCUCCCGUUGGACCGUGCUGGAGAAGGGCAUGCGGGAUGAACUUCAAUGGCUCCAGGUGGCUCAGCAACGAGUUCCCGACCUAUCAGCCGUAACUUCCGCAGACUACGAUCAAUACACCACCCUGUACCAAUCCCUGAGCAAUGAUAUCUCACAUCACUAUGUGAAAAUGACGCAGCUUUCGGGAAUUGCCAACAAGUUGCAGCUUUUGGUGCAAGCCCCCAAUCUCGUAGAGGAAACCAAUGAGGCGUUGAUAGUGCUACUCAAACUCCGCGAGGAGGUUGCUCUCUACCUCCACCGCCUUCUGGUCUUCAAGGAAAUCUGGGUGCAGUACGAACAGCAAACGGAUAAGCUGGAAGCCUUUGUACGUGAAGCAGAGCAGGAAUUGAGGAACAUCCAAAUACCCUCGCAGCCCACUCACCAGCCCAUCGAGCACAUGCGUCAAUUCUGGGAGAUUAAGGCCCGUUUCGAGCUCCACAAUAAUGUGAGAACCGAUACGGGUCUGAGCUUUGAGAAAUCCCUGCAGGUCAUCCCCUUGGCCGACGAGAUGCUUCAGCGGCAGUUCCAUGCCCAACUGGAGGAUCGCUGGCAGGCAGUGGCCCAGGCCAUCGAACUCAUUCAGCACAACAUUGUGGAGUGCCUGUCGUCGGAGGAUGUACCCGCAGACGAGAAGCUCAAAAUGGUGGAGCGAGAGCUGCAGGAGAUCUACCUGACCAUGACCAGCAUGAAGGGUGUCAUCAAGAACGAGGAGGAGCUCUGUCUGUACAUCGAACGAGUCCAAGUACUUCGCACUCGCGUCGGCUUCAUUGGCAACGAGCUGGGCAGGAUUGGACUGCAAGAGCCUGCCAUUGAACCGGAAAAGGUGGGUGAGCUAUUCUCGCUCUCACACAAGAUCAGCACCCAGAUCGCCGAGGAGCUGGAGGGUGCAUCUGUGCUGCGUGACCAACUUCAGGCCAUCCAGGAGGGCAUUAGCAAUCAACGUAAACACCAGGCCAAGAUUUCGGUCAUUUUGGAUGAAUGUGAAGCCGCCGAGCGCCAGGGAGCAGAUGUCCUCGAAAAGGCAGUUGCCGAUUGCCAAGCUGCCGGCGAGGAGCUGGUGAUCAGCUGGCAGGAGAUUAUGCGAAUCCGCCAGAUGCUACACACCCUGCCCAUGCGCCUCAAAAUGUCCGUUUCACCGGUUAAGUUGGAGAGGGAUAUCUCCCAACUGCAGGACGACCACGCCUUCCUCGAGAGCAAGUGCACCAACAUUAUGGCCAUCCUGAGGAGCCGCCUUGCCGUCUGGCUGCGCUAUGAGCGUCAGCUGGAGCUGGUCCACGGAUCUGUCCAGGAAACCGACUUCAUGAUGGAACUCAUCCGGGUGCACGGUCAAGUGGACUACGAGCGCCUGCGCAAAGCCACUGAACGUUUGGAGGGACUGGCUGGCGAUCUGCAUAACCGCGAGCAACUGAUCGAUGAGCUGAAGGGUGCCGCCAAGCCGCUGAUCGAGAGCUGCGAUGUCCAGAUUGUCGAGCAGAUCGAGUCCGCUGUCCAGGAGGCGGUAGUCGCCUGGAAUGACACCAGCGAGAAUCUGCAGCAGCUGCGAACCCGCUACCAAAGAGCCGUCGAACUGUGGGACAAGUAUCGCAACGCCUCAGCGGCCGUCAAGAACUCCAUUGACCAGCAGAUGGAUGCGGUCAAGUCGCUGGAGCAGCCCCUGGAUGCCCUGCAGCACGCCAAGGUAUGCCAAGACAACCUGACGACCCAGAAUGACAGAAUCUUGGAGUUGCGCGACAUUGUGGCCAAGAUCGCCGCCGAUGUGGGCCUGGAUGCCUCGGCGCUCAUGCAAGGUGAAUUGGAUGCACUGGGUCAGCGAUUGGCCGAGUGCAAGGAUGCCAUCACCACGCUGGCCAACGUGGCCGAGACGCAGGACAAGGAGCGCAAGGAGCUCGACAAGGAGGUGACUCUGGCCAAGGCCUACUUCAACAAUGUGCAGCAGGACAUUUCCCGAGAGGCACCGCAAAAUCCCAAGGAAAGCGAGGAGCAGCUGGCCGCUUUGCGAGCCCAUCUCCAGACUUUGGCCCGAACGGAAGAGCAGCUGCGUCAGCUGAAGGAACGCCAUCAGAACAGCGAAGUAGCACCAUCGGUGGCCGGCAGCGAUGAUGACGGCAUCCUGGAGGUUCUAGCCAUGUGGCAGAAGAUUUUCCAGGACACCUUCCAGGAGUACCAUCGCCUGUCCACGCGACUCGCCCGCAGCCAAAACAGCUCGGAGGCUCUGCGAUUGUGGAGGCAGUAUCUGCAGCACGUCCAGUCCUUCCUGUCCUGCGCCAUUCCCGAGGAUUACAGCAGCCUGCGAGAGCAGCAGCAGCUGUGUGCCAUCCACCAGAACUUGCUCAUCUCGCAGCAGAGUGUGCUUUCCGAGACACCACUGGAAUCGGAGCUAUCGGAGCAGUACAAGGCUCUGACCAACCUGCACAAUGAAACCCUCUCGAGGAUCAUGCAGCGCAAUGGUGAGCUGGAACGGCGGGUUAGUGGCUGGAAUGCCUACCGCCAGCAGCUGGCAGCCCUUUUGGACUGGCUGCGUCAACGGGAAGCGGAACGCAAUGCCCUUCAAUUGCGCUACAUUCACCUGAAGCGAGUGCCCCACCUGAAGCACCGCCUGGAUGCCAUGAUCCAGCAGCUGGAUCAGGGAGAACAACAGAGCAAGGCUUUGCAGGAGCAGCAGCAGGAGCUGGCCAGGCAUUGUGACGACGCGCUGGCCACCGCCAUGCGAAUGGAGCAGGCCAGCAUUGGUCAGCGGAUAAGCAAUCUCCGCGCAGCCCUCAAGACCUGGCAAGGAUUCCUGCAGCGCGUUACCCAACUAUCGGAAAGCUACGAGCAGCGAGUGAACCAGUUGCAACAGGAAUUCGGAGCAGCUCAGAAGCUUCUGGAUGUCAACAGCGAAUCCCUGCCCACUCAGCCAGCGGCAAUUGAGCAACUUCUGGGAUCCCUGCGUGCGCAAAGGGUCCAACUUGGUGCCCAAGUCCCCGCUCUGGAGAGUCUCACUGUGACCCAGGAGGAGCUCAAGGAGUGCAUCAGUCCCCACGACAUGAAGACUAUUCGCCAAAGGAACUGGUUGCUCUGGCAGCAGCACGCCGAUCUGGACUACCAGCUGGCCAACCUGAUCAACUCGAUCGAGGAGCGACUGUCCCUACUGUCCAACUAUCAAAUCAGAUACGAUCGCAUCUCCCAGUGGCUGCAACGUUUGGAACAGCGUGUGGAAAAGGAUGCUGAUGUCACUGCCAUGACGAAUCCCGAACAGGCAGCCAAGCAGCUGGAGCAGCAAGUGAAAUCCGAGCUGCAACUGAGGGACAAGGAACGGGAGUGGCUUCUAUCCACCAGUCGGGAACUGCUCACCCUCUACUCCGAGCCUGAAGUGCGAUCCCAGGUGCAACAACAGAGUGACUCCCUCAUCGAUCGCUGGCAGCGGCUCAAGUAUUUGGCCAAGCAGAAGGCCACCAAGAUAGGAGAGCUCAAGAUGACACUUGUCCGUUUGGAGGAGCGAAUCGCCCUGAUCCGCGCCUGGCUUUUCGAAGUCGAAUCCCAACUGGACAAGCCCUUAAAUUUCGAGAGCUACACACCGAAUGUGAUCGAGGCCAAGCUGAAGGAGCAUGAGCAAAUCCAACGCUCCAUUGAGCACCACAGCAGCAAUGUGGGCGAGGUCCUAAAUCUCGUAGAGAUGCUACUCAACGAUGCGGACAGCUGGCGCACGCAGGUGAACACUUCCGGAUUAGCUGCCUCAGCUCAGAAUCUGGAGCAGCGCUGGAAGAAUGUGUGCAGCCAGUCGGCGGAACGAAAGGCCCGCAUCCUGAGCAUUUGGAAUCUUCUACAGCAGCUCAUCAAACUCACUGCAGAGCACAAAAACUGGCUGGGAAAACAAGAAAGCCAAAUUGCCGGCUUCGAAAGAGAUCAGAAGUCGCACAGCAAGCAUAAGUUGGAGGAGCGACAGAAGGAGCUGAGAGCUAAGCUGGAGGAGCUGGAAAGCCAGUCGGUGAAUCUUCGCCAGCUGGAGCAGAUCUAUGCUAAGCUGACCAUGAGCGCUGGCGUCGAGCCGGAGAACAUCCAGAAGCUGACACUGCCCACCAAGGUGAUGGUGAGCAUGUGGCGCCAGUUGACGCCACGCUGUCACGCCCUAUUGGAUGCCAUCGACAAGGAUGCCAAGCUUAUGCGAGAGUUCAACAACGCCCAAUUGGAAGCCACCAACUCCCUGAAUGCCAUACAAAAGACUUUGGAACAAUUGCCCAGCGCGGAGGACCAACAGACCUCCAAGGCGGAGCCGAAAGCGGUGCUCCAGCGUCUGGAGAGCCUAGAGAAGAAGUUGCAGGACGCCCAGCAGCAUGUCCAGCAGGCGGAUAACCUGGCCCAGGAGGCCAAGACCAGGACCAAGCAGCAACCCCAACUGAAGCAAUUGCUGGAACUUGUGUCCGCCUACACCACCCUUUGGCAGACUGUCCAGACCCGCAUUGUCACCCUCAAGACCACUUGGCUGACCAGAGCAGCGCAGGCAGCCGCCUCCCUGCCGGUCAGUGAGGCAGCCAACGCUGCCGUCCAGGUAAACACCCUAUCCCAGCGGAAACUCCGUCAGGCCCAACAGAUGCAGAGGGAAACCUCCAUCACGGCCAAGGAUGCCUACAUCAUGGAACUGCAGACGGCCAUCACGGAGUGCCAGAACAAUCUGGACGAGCUGCAGCGCACGGUGGUGGACAAGACCCGCAAGCCAGGACCCCAGAAGAUCGCCAAGCUGCUGGGCAACGCGCAGUCCUCCACCGAGCUGGUGAAGCAUCUCAGCCAUCUACUGAUCACCGAGUGCAAGGCGGAUGGCCAGGCUGCCGAGGUGGACACCGUGGCAGAGCUCACGUUGCGCUUCGAUACACUGCAAUCGCAGUGGAAGGCGCGACAGCAACACGAUCAAAAUGCAAGGUGCCACCUACCUGCAUCCUACAAGAACAACUGCAUCCACGAGGUUGGCCGGCUAACGUGUCCGCUCUGCACACAGCGAAACUGGCAGCAGAUCGACAACGAUCUGUGGCGCCUGGAGCAGUGGUUGCAGUUCGCCGAGAGCACCCAGAAGGCCCAGUCAGCUCCGCCCUCGAACAUCGAGCUGCUGGAGGACGUCACGCAGGACCAUCGCGAGUUCCUCCUGGAUCUGGAGAGUCACAAGUCCAUCAUAUCGUCGUUGAAUGUGGUCGGUGACCACUUGGCUACGCACACUUUGGAUACCGAGAAGGCGCGACAGCUGCGAUCUCGUCUAGAGGCGGACAAUGAGCGCUGGAACAAUGUGUGCAUUAAUGCCACCAAAUGGCAAGGUCUUCUCCAGACCGCCCUGAUGGGCAACAGCGAGUUCCAUCAGACCAUCGAUGAGCUGGUGGAGUGGCUGCAGCGCACAGAGCAGAACAUCAAGGCCUCCGAGCCCGUUGAUCUCACCGAGGAGCGCUCCGUUCUGGAGACCAAGUUCAAGAAGUUCAAGGAUCUGCGCGCCGAACUGGAAAGAUGCGAACCUCGGGUGGUCAGCCUGCAGGAUGCCGCCGAUCAGCUGCUCCGCUCCGUCGAGGGCUCCGAGCAGCAAUCGCAACACACCUACGAGAGAACCCUUUCCAGAUUGACCGAUCUCCGGCUGCGUCUCCAAUCCCUGCGUCGUCUAUCCGGCAUCUAUAUCGUUAAACUAGGUGCCGUCCUCGGUUACGAGGGCGACAAUCUCGGCGUGCCACUGCACAUGUUGUCUAGUGAGCUUUUGGAUAAUACUACAUUAUCAACCUCUUCCAUGCAGGCCGCCGCACCCAACACAGAAAAUGCAAACAACACCGAUGGCGGCGAUGCUGUCGAUGGCGAUGUCAUCAAUACCACGGUUCUGGCGCGCGGUGCGCGAUUCCUAGGCCGCGUUGCACGUGCCUCGCUGCCCAUUCAGGCGCUCAUGCUGCUGCUUUUAGGUGUGGCCACCCUGGUGCCCCACGGUGAGGACUACACCUGUAUGUUCUCCAACACCUUCGCGCGCAGCCUGGAGCCCAUGUUGUCGUAUCCCCACGGACCGCCACCCACGUAAGGCUGUCGAGUUGCAAUUGGAUUAGUGCAAUGAAACACUAUCAAGAACAAAGACAAGAAAACCCUAAACCCUAAGCAAGAACCCCUAAGAAAACACCCAGUUUAAAAGAUGCCUUUUGAAAGCAAAAUUUGAAGUAAGAAAAAUUUAAACAAAAAAAUGUUGAAUAUCGAAAUGGAAGAGUUGUACAUUUGUGUAGUUUAUCACAUUUUGUAAUUGUAUGUAAUUUUAUAGUCAUUCGAUAGCUAGAGGCAUUAAUAAAACAACCAAUUUGUAUAUAACCUACAGAACCGAACAGACUCGACAAGCCGAACAUGAAACACGUAAAAGAAUUGAACUAACUAUUCAAACUAACGACAAGUAACGAAAACCUUUUGUAAAACGAUAUAUACAUUAUACAUAUAUAUUUGCACAGCAAACAAUUUAUAUAUUCAUAUAUAUCCCACGUAUAUGAUCCCAAGAAAACUAUAGAGAACCCAAACAUUUUGUAUAUAAAAAUAUCUAAGCUAAAACGAAAUCAAAAUACGCACACGAACAUUUUACUCAACAACGCACGUUUUCGCAUUUAGAGAGAUCCUGGGCAUCGGGAAAUUGCGAUCAGCAUCCUGCCAAUUUCGUGGAACAUUUUCGCAGGAUAUGAUCUCAAGUUCCUGCUGCCAGCGAUGGGCUAGAACGGCAAACGAAUCCCAAGACAAAAUCAUGACCCACAUAGACCAAUCGCCUGGAGAUCCUCAUGGCAACCAAUGUCCCUAGCUUGCAGCGCGUCCUUCUCCCAAACUCAGGGCGACGCUGUCAACAGUGGGCAUUGACCUCCAUUUGGACUCCGGCUCCUAAAGAGUCCCCGUGUCAAAAAGGAUCACUCUACCCAAGGCCAAGAUCUCUCCCACGGCCAAGGGUUAGAUGGUAAAGCAGCCAGUGCGCCAGCCACAGGACACUGGGCUCGAAUCCAAUCCUUGAACUCCAUCCCGACACGUGGCUAGACAUUUCAAGCAUUCCUGAUACUCAUUUCCAAAUUACCAAUAGACAUUGACCAUCGAAGCCAGCUCUCAAAGAAAAGAAAAUGGAAAACGUGCGUGCCACGAGCAUUGAACAAAACGAAGCAAGUGUCCUAUGCCGGUGCUAAACCAACCUACAAAUUUUCUGUAUAAAGAAAAAAUGUAAAAUGCGUAUACAAAAACAAAA